UCAAAACAAAUGGCAGUAGCUCUUGCUGCUUCCUCCAGAAACCGCAUUGCAGCCCACCUCCACUUCAGCUCCUCCUUUUUCUACUGUAUCUGGUUUUAUCAGUGUCAUAUGUCACUGAUGCCUGCUCCAUUCUGCACCUUUGAGGUCUUUGCUGCUGCUCUCCCUGCCAUUGCCUUUCAUGUAUGCACAUCACACAGAUAUCUGGCUUUGGUCUUCCAUGUAAGUAUGUGCUGGGGGCAAAGAGCUCCUGAAACCUGGCUACACCACAAACAUAACCUCCUGUGUGAUAAUGAAUAAGUCUCCUUGAUUAAAUGAAUCCAGACUGAAGUGUCUGUUUUUAAAUUCCAGGGCCAAUGGAGGAUUAUACUGUACAUACCACUGAAAUAUACAUCCCAAGCAAACACUUAAUCCUUUAAACACUAACGCUGAUGCUAAUGACAUAAAACAGUGUGUGCUGUAUUAAUAGUGAAAGCUUUAUUUAUGUCAGAUUACUGUUAUUACAUAGUAUUGUCUUUAAAAUACAUACUGGAGCUUUUCCCCCCCAGACACCAAACUUCCCUCAAACUCGUUCCUCCUGAGAACUGGAGUUUAAAAGGACUCACUCACUCACCUAUUUAACCCCUCCAGGGUAGAGGAUCCGCCUGUCAGACAGCUGAGGCAGGGGUGUCGGUGGGGGGGCGUGGAAUAUAAAUGGCGCUCCCUUUUCCCCAUUAGUCUGUCUGAGUGGAAGAUGGAGGGGGUGGAUGCUCAGGGUGGGGUCAGGCUCAGGUGCUGAGCAGACAGGAGGAGUAACAUCCCCUCUUCCUCCUCUCCCUCCUCUUAUCUAAGUUGUAGCACCUUUGAGGCGAGCCUUCUCCAUCCAUCUUGAGUUUGGCUGCACCUGAGAGCUACCUGCAGGCUGCUUCUCUAAUUCUAUUACAGCCGUCCCCGAGGAGUAUGUAUCACUGGUCAUCCAGGAUAAUGUAUUCUGUGGAAUCAGCACACUCUCACUGUAUUCAAUUUAAGUAUUAUCUCUGUCUCUGACUGAACUUCCUUUGUGAGAAGUCGGCUUCAUCAGGGACCUCGAUGAAUCAGAUGAACCAGGACAAAAGGAUAUUUUUAGACGUGUGAAAAUAGACCUGAAGCCUGCAGCUCUGAUAGACUUUUUCGAUUAUUGUCAAGAGGAAAGUAGGGAAGUUAGUGCAGAUGUGUGGGUUUGCUUGCAGUGUUGAUGUUUGUUUCUGUGCAGACAGAGGCAGAGAGUUCCCCGUCUCAUUCCCGUGGCAGCAGGUGUGUAAAUAACACCCUUGUGAUAAUGAGGAUGAAUCAAAGAGCUGAGGGACUGUCUUUUCGUCAAACUCCCACAUUGAUCCCGGCUCAUCUGCUCAUCAUCAAUGUCCCUCGGGCUGCAGACUCUACCUCUCCUCCCUCCUCUCUAUGUGGGUGCUCGUUGUAAUUCUAGGUCUGUAGGCUGCGAGUGUGGUGGCAUAAUUUUUUUUCCUCCAAGUGUCCUGCCUCUGUGCGGCUGACAGCUGAACCCAAAUCCACUGCUUCACUGAGCCGGAUUAUAAGCCAGUGUAUGUGGUCUGCCUCGUUUCCCUCACUGUUGUUACCUGUUAGCAGAAUGAGCUCAGGACAUGCUGAGGAAAGAGGGACAAAGUGACCCAGAGCUAAGGGAAAUUAGCUGACUGCAUUACAGAUACAAGGGGAAGAAAUAAAACUCAGAGUAGAAACUAUUUCGUGGUUAGGUUUAUAAAAAGUGUCUGAACAGAAACUGAAAUAUUAAACAACUACUUAACUUGACAAAGAGAGAUUUAACAUAAACAUGCAGAGUCUGUAUCAGGGCUGUUGCAAUAUCAGCAUUAGUGAUGACAAAUACUGAUAUUUUGCUAAAACAAUUGUUUGGUAAUAUCAUUCACUAAAUGGGUCUUAAAAGGGGCAGAGGUGUUUUUUUUUUUUUAGUUUUCGUUUUUUACUCUGGUUACCACAGCCAUUAAACAGAGAGAAGACAAAGAAGUGGGGAUAGAUGCUAACAAGCUGUUUACAGUCCCACUCCGAUCGUUUGGUUUUUUAAUUUUUUACUACUUAAAGUUUUCUCAGUGGUCUUUAAAUUGUGAUUAGGAAGUUUUUGGCCAAAAUCACAUUACCUGUGUCAAGGGCUUUUCUUCUGCAAAGUUUCAGUAGCUUAUUAGCAAUUCACCUCUGAGUCGUGGGUGGAGACAGCGCUGCUCUGCACAGCGCUGUCUCGUGGAGAUGCUCUCAUGGAAUGCUGCACAUUCCCAGUGCAGCAGAAGUGGCAGGUAACAUAGAAGCUAUUCAGUAAUAAUGUCUUUGGGGGCAUGAUGAAAGUUAAUAUCAUAAUUAACGUUCUUAAAAGCAUUGCAAUCCACUACUGCACACACACUUGUCCCACGAUUGUCCUCUUAACUUCGCGGGGUCUGGCCUGCAGAGCGGGGUCAUCGGGAGAGGAGCUUGGAAUUUUGAUGUAGAAAAUCCCACUGUGUCUGAACCUGCUGUUUGGGUCUGCCAAAGAAAUUUUGCACUUAGUUUCCUCAUGGUAUGUCCUCUAGCAUCAGAAAAAUUCUGUAUGAACAUAUAGACAACAAGAAAGACGUGAUUUUUAUUGGAGUGAGUCUUUAAAAAGAUCAGUGAUGCAACUAAAUUCAAAAUUUAACAUUUGCAACUGUCCUUUUAGCUUUUUUUAUUCAGUUCCAUGACUAUCUACUGGAUUUGGUAUAUAUGACAUUUCAAAAUAAAAAGCUGGAGACCUAGAUUCAACACGAUUUCAACCAUAAUUGGGGAUGGAUAAUUACAUGUAAGCAAGCCAGGGAAUCUUAUGAGAAUCUUUAUUUGAUCCAAUAAGAGUGACAAAAUGUUCCCAAACAAAACAAAACAAAACUACACAUUAUGUGCUGCAAAUUGUUUUGCCUCACUUGAGGUUUGAGCCUUUUCUGUUUGGAAAAGAAAUACAUUUGACUGCAUUGUAAUUCCAAAAAUCACAGUAAAAUGCUGUUUUUCAUAAAGAUAAAAAGUAUUCAUGAGAAAGGGAGGCCUCGGGCUAAAAGGAACAGUGUAAAGAAAUGGUACACGCACACACACACACACAAACUCCGCCAGCUCCGACGCUACAUAUCGCCACCCUCUUCCUGCUAUUCCACCUGUUACCUCAGACACUGAUACACCUCUGUGCAUUUACAUAAACCAGGUGUGACAAGGGUAUAAAUAUUCCACCUUUAUAAAAAGGUGUGUAAGACUCUUUUAUUCACUUUUUUCUUUUCAUAUUUUGCCAAAAUCUGAAUUCCUUCUAUAACAACACUGGUUUGUACUGUUUAUUGAAGCAGAAGCAUAGCCCUGUUUGUGUUUGGUGUCAAGCCUUGACCUCGUCUCCUCCCUGCUGUUUUAUCUUUAUGAGUUAAAAGCGAGGAGUGUUGAGAUAAUAUUUUAAAUUCUCCUGGAUACAGAUGCUGGAGUGGUGUGGGGGUUUAAAUCUGAGCACAGCACAUAAACGAGGCAGUAAUGGCUGGCAGAGACAGAACAGAGGCAGAGACCGGAAAUCUUGCAGCGGAAAUACAGUGCCAGAUUUUAGGGAUAUGUUUAUGUGAAUAUGAGUUGCCGUCCUGAUCUAGCUUCAGGGCUUUGCUCCAAUAGUGUGACAGCAAAGCAUGUUGUAGUCUGGUCUAGCACAGUGACUGGAUGAGUGGUUUGUUUUUUAGAUCACUAGAGAACGACUCCACUAUCAGAAGAGUACAGAGAUCAUAAAUGUCCAGAUGUAUGUCCCCUACUGUGCAACAAUGAUAUAAAUCCAUAAACAUUUUUUUGUGAAUUAAAGAUAGUUAUUGAAAGUACAAGGUAGUAAAAAAAUGAUUCAAAAGAACCUGCUAAUGUAGCAAGAGGUAAAGGAGCUCGUUUUAGAAACACCCCUGUGGAUUGCGUUGUAAGGUAGGUCAAACUCAGUGACUUGUUGGAGUAUUGGUCAACCAUUCAAUAACAUUAUAUCAACUAAACUCAAGGAGCCAAAUUUCUGAGUAGCUAACGCACUGGACUCAAGGUUAAUCUUUAUCAGCUUUUAGGUUGCAGCCUCUAAUCAAAUAUAAAUGCCCCCACAGACUGUCUGAGUCACAGCACUGUUGUGAGGUUAUCAGGCAUUUUUCCGAACUCAGCCAAGUUUGGAGGAGAAAACAAGCUUCAAAAUUCUGCAAAUUCAACCUGGUUCAGUCAGUGUGUCUCUCACUCAUGAGUUCUGGUCAGUUAUUCUCCUGCUAUGUACAGCAAGCAAGUAUUGGUCCGCUCAGCAGGUUUGGAUGGUAGAUUAGGUAGAUGGUAAAUGGUUUAAUGCUAUUUAGUACAGUAAAUUCUGAACUAACAUGUGUCUCUGCAGCCAACUACAGCCGUAAGAUCUCUUGAUGGAAACACAGCUUUUGUCUGAUAUGAUAUACAGUUUCAUUUGUGUUGCUACACAUAAUAGUUUGGCCUCCAAGAUUGGGACCGUUUCAGUGAUUUAGCGUAACUAUAAAAUGUUGAAGUUGAUUAUUUUAAUCAGAGGAUCUUUUUUUCAGUAACAAGUUGGUGUCUCUUUUUGAGUCUUCAAUACAUCUUAAAUAAGUCCAUAAAGCUAUACAAUAUAAUUUUGAUUUAGUUCUGGAUUUCUACUCCUGGAUAAAGUGUGAUACACCAUUUCCUUCUUCUUAUGUUAGAGAUCAGAGUCUGUAUUGCCUUAUUUUUCUUACGAUUUAAGAUUAUUUUGUUGCUAAUUUAUAUUUAAAAGUUUGCAAAGGAAGUGUUAAUCAACAAGUUUUGAGCCAAAACGUCCUUCAAAUGGUCAUCCCACAUAAUCAGUCCCAAAACUGUUAAAAAUACAAACAGUAAGGAGAAAAAUAAAAAGGAGAGCUGUUGGGACCACGCAUUCACAUUUAUAUGCCUCCGUGUGUAUGUGUGUGUUUGCCUACCUUGUUGAUGAAGAAUGCCCCCCAACCCCCCACCCCCUGUGUCUCUUCCUCCCGUCCCUCCCUCUCGCUCGCUUCCAUACUUCGGAGGCUGUGAGCUGCAGCGGCGGCAGAACGCGGUGCGGACCCCGGUGUGUGUUGAUCUCCGGAGGUGGAAAAGGGAUAAUCCGCUCGGACCUUCGCUGGAGUGGAUCUCUCAUUCAGCUCCACACACUCAGAGCUUAGAGCACUUUUGAAUUCCCACCGGGCAUCCUUUUCUGCUCACCACAGGUAAGCUCUUUUGCUCAAGUUUUUCCCUUUUUUUUAUCGCUCUGGGGAAACCCCGGCACACCUUUGAUGAGAGUGAGUACGUGCCGGAGUCUCCAGCCAGUAUGCACCGUGGGAGUAUGAGACAGCAGGCUUUUUUAAAGUCAUUUAUAGCGAGGAUGAAAUAUUUUUGAAAAUGUGCAAAAGAUGAACUUGAAAGUCACGUCUCGGCUGCCGGCACGUUGGUGAGAGGUGUCAACUCGUGUUUUACGCACAUGGUCUCGCUGUUGAUUCUUCGCGAUGUGGAAGGAAGAGCCUGGAAGUUUUGAUGGUCACAGAUAAGAUGAUUUAUUUUAACCAGGUAAAGAAGCACUAGAUAAAGACACACCAACGAGAGUGAAUGCUGAGUAUUUCUACCAGUAUCACAAAGAAAAUGAUCUCAAAUUACGAAAACUGCCAUGCAUCACAUUUCAUUAACUCAUAGAAGGAGCAAAAAUUAUUUACAGUUUCUCUGGUACACCCAAAUACAUUUUCAUCGUGAGUAAAAGAUACCCCUCAAGUAUAACAAUGAGCUUAAAUUCUCCUCAAAGCAGAAUUUUCUGCGUUCUGUGCUCAGUGGCAGCGUUUUCUUUCCUCUUUACGCACCAGCAGCAGCCUGUUCCGCGUCUUCUUGCGCACCACGAGUUUAAGCAUCCUUCCAAAAGUUUUAAAAUCACAGUUGUCGCUCUCUCUGUCAUCUCUGACACCUCAUCCGUGCUCGCAAUCAGCAGUUUUAAAACCUUGAAUUCGCGAUCGUAAAGCGCACUUCUUCCUUGUACCGAAUCCCGUUUGAAAUCAACAGGAUUUCGCCCUGCGCGUCGUUCAGUGGUUAACCAGUUAAUUGUGUACCACCGCUGUAAAUUUUCCACAAAUACUAACUAUGAGGUUUAAAUCGGCAGAAGAAAACAUCCCAUGAAAGUCGUUUUUAUUAUAAUAUGAGAACAUCAAAAUGUCUUCUUAAGGCAGAAAGUACCCAAAAAAUAUACCCUGUAAUAUAGUAAGUAAGAGAAUGCAAUCUUGCAGCACACUGCUGAUUAUUUUUAUUAUAAAUAUCAUCUGCAAUCAUACUUUCUCAGAUUUGAGUUGUAGUUGCAGACCUCUCUAUCCAGAACAGGGCUUUUGUGAGUCAUUAAGAUUAAUGGAGUUGUAUACUUUAUGUUCAGUGAGGUUGUGUUUGGUAAUAAAAGGAGGAGAGGGGGCUGUGAGGAAGAUCCCUCUGAGUCUUGUUGUUCUCAAAAAUAACUUAAACCACUUAAUAAGUCAAAUCAGAAUAUUGUGCACGGCAUGGUUUGGGCAUCUUAAAGCUCCUUUAAAGCUUCUAUCAGGAACUGUUAGGUUACAUUUGUAUUGACAACCCUUUUGGAUAAAACAUGAUGAAUUCAUUCAUUGUCCAUUUAGGUGUGUAAGAGGAGUUUUCUGACAAAAAAAAAAAACAUCCUUUUUAAACCCUAAUGUCUGACUUGCAAAUUACAAUAAAUCUCUGGCUCUGUGGCAGUAUGCUGUUUGUGACACCUACCCUCUGGCAGCAGUUUCAGGCACUUUAAAUUGCAGCAAUAAAUUAGUCUCUCUGAUGGCUGAGGGUCUGAUCUGCUCGUGUUGACAAAAUAAAGCAAUCUGUAAUUAUUCCAGGUUGUUUCAUUACCAUUUAAAACCCCCUCAAGGGAUCUUUAAGUACUCCCGAAGUGUGGCGUGUCAUACAUGCACAGCUUGGAGGAGUCUGUGGUACUAACCUAAGAAGCGUCCCCUGGUUCUGUAUCAAACCCUUGAGCUGUGUGUCCAAAUGUGUUGCCCAUACAAACACAGCGUAGCACUCUGCUGCAGCCUCUGGCGGUCGCCGAUAAGGCUUGGGGGGUUUGACUCCCACGCUGAACCCUCUGAGCGCCGUGAAGCUUUCAGGGCAGGCUCUGUGACCACUCUGAUUAAAGGGAUAAUAAAUGCUUUUUUAGAGGGGCUUUCAGGUGACGUAACUCAACUCAGAGGAGAUAAAAGAAGAGAGUUUACAGCGAAGUUCUUAUUUCUGGCUGUCAACAAACAUCAUCACCAACUGCAGCUUGAAAAAAAUGAGUUUGGGAAGUCAGAAAGUGAUGCUCACACUAAGUGAAUAGUGCACAACAAUUUGCUGCAAGUUUUGAGGAAGCAGAACAGUCUGUUAAGGCAUGUGCUUUCUGUAGUUAAAGUUCAUGAUGCAGUUUUCACAGGUUAUGUCUUUGGUUACAGACCGGAAGGUUGAACGUAUUGAUUCUGCAGUGAAUAACAGUGACAGUCAGUAUUUACGACAUUUUUUAUGGUCUUUUUAAUGCGCCCUCCAGCAAUCGUUGGCAUCUCUGCAACUCAAGGAUGUUGACCCCCAGGUGCCUUUAUGUCUCAGUUGUAACAAAUCUGACCGGUUUCACACACCAUGGGGAACAGUUUUAAUGUGCAGAUGUGUUAACUCCCAAAGCACUAAAGCCUGUAAGCCCUUAAGCGUUCACUCUUUGGAAAACAUUCAGUAAAGCUCAACGCUUUCAUUUCCAAUGAGCAUUUUCAGAGGGAUUUUUUUCUGGAAAACCAAAAGCAGUAAAAAAUUCACUUUCAUAUUAUCCUCCUUACACUCCCCCAACAUUCAUCUCUUUGUUUUAAACUCUGUUAAAGAUUGAGCCAGUUUUAUGCACAUCUGAUUCUGUAUUUGACCUCCUACAUUUAUGCAGUAAUCCAUCUGCAGAAUCUCCAGAACCUGAACAGUCAGAGGCCUCUGCUUAUCGAUUGGUUAUUGAUUUCUUCUGUGGCUUUAUCAUUAGUGGUCAGGGGCACAACAGACAGAUCUUCUCAGCCUUCAGUGUGACAAACAACGUACAGUAACACCCAGCAAAUGUCUUCAUGGAUUAAAAAAAUGUCCCUGUAAAUGUUUACACUCACAGCACAGUUUGGUAUUUGUUCCAAGGUUCCUUAACCUCACUUUCUGUUCACAUAAGAACUUCAAUUAUUUGAGACUUUUGAACCCCAGGUAUAAGACAUGAUGUGACACUGCAUUUGGUUUAUUCUCAUGUUUUGGAGAGAUUGACCACAUGGGUAAAAGGAAGAGGAGGAAGACUUGCUGCAAAGACCAAGAGCAAGGAGUUAAACCAGCAACCUCUACAGCAAGGACUACUGCCUCUGAACUUAGGGUGUGUCUGAACUGAGAGGCCAGUGGUGCUCAACAGUCAGGAUUAUUUUGAUUAACACUAAAGUGUGUAUGAUAAUCUGGAUAAUCUAGACUUGACCCUUAUUUUAGAGGGGCCCAUAAAGCUAAAUUCACCAAAAGCCAUUACCGCCGAUAAGAGCCCAUAUGGUAUGUCUUUGAACAGGGUCCAUAUUUUUGUUCACUGCCUAAAAUCUGCAACAAACAUCGUGAAUGUGCACAAUAGUCAGAUCAUAAGAUGUGUGGUAUAAGUCAUAUGACCGGAAAGACGCCAUGCUGUCAUCACUUCCUCAUUCUCCCAUAUUAAUAUAUGAUAAACAUCUAUCUGGCAUCACAUAAGUGUAGCUCCGCACUUACACACUGAUUGUGCAGGUGUAACUGUAGACUGUAAACAUGCAAGAGUCAUUGCAACCAUGACACAUACCUGGAAAACUCUCUCCUGUGUGAAACAGAUAAUAUAACUUUUUAUGAAUUUAUUUGAAUGGCACUUUUCACAAACAAACAAAACCAAUGAUUAAAAAAAAGCCCAACAAUAGAAGCAAGUUUUAACAGGGGAUUAAAAAGAAGACUGAGUUUGACUGUGUGGAGCAUAAACUGCAAGUGCUGGGUAUGUUUCCAGUCCAGAUUUAGGAGUAAUGAGUAGGGCCCUGCUUGAGGACCUGUAGAGACAGAGUUGUCCUGCAUGUCUCAGUUCUCAUAAACAUUUGAGGCACACACUGACUUCUUUACUAACAGCAUCUCCGAGUGUUUGCUGUUGGCUUCUACACCUGCAGUGCACGUAUAUCAUGAUCGCUACAGUGGUGUGAAAAUCGUGCAGAAGAAGACGACGAGUUGAUGCAGAUAAAACAUGAAUUCUUCUGUUUUACAUAAGAUAGUGGGGGAUUUGAUCUGAGAGAAGAAAACAGACUGAAAGAUCAUAUUUGUAUGUAAACAAUACAUAGUGUUGUGAAAAAUCUUGCUCACUGAAAGUAUGCUGAGCUGAAACCCACAAAGAGUUGGAUCAUGAAGCACUUUUCUGACCUUUUGAUCCAAACACUGAUGAAACAGCUGGACUAAAGCUACAAGGUGUUAAAUUCUUGAAAAGACCUCAGGUGGAGGUCAAUUUUUGGGGAAACCCUUUAAAUAACAAAAUGAGAUUUAACUUUGUCUCGUUUGGAAAAACUAAUAAAACUGUGUAACAAAGACUGAUCAGCCGGUUAGUUUCACUUCCUUUUUGUCGCAAAACAGUGGAUGUAUGAUUUUUCCUUAAGGAUCUUACAGGAUUUGUGAAUGUAAUAGACUUCUCUGGACCCCUAAAGUCCCUCAACUGCACUUUAUGAACCACUGUAAUAACUGAAAAAGUCAACGUCUGUCACUUAAAUGAUGUAUGUGACAUGCUUUGCAACUGACACAGUGCUUUGUAUUACUAGGGGUGUGUUUUUGAUACAUUUAGGCGUCCGUGCAUGUGCACUGUGUAUGUGUGUGUGUGUGUGUGUGUGUGUGUGUGUGUGUGUGUGUGUGUGUGUGUGUGUGUGUGUGUGUGUGUGUGUGUGUGUGUGUGUAUGUGUGUGUGUGUGUAUGUGUAUGUGUGAGCUACAAAGAGAGAGAGAGACAGAGAAAGUGUGUGCAGCUAUAUUAAUAUAACUCUCCGAUAUUAGGCCCUGUCAUGUUCAGUAAAUAGCCAUUCAUCACACAUGCCUCUGCCUGUGAUGGUCCCCACAAGAUCCAAUCCAUUAGCCAUACAAUGGGUGUCCACUCAGAGUGUGAAAUUGUGUGUGAGUGUGUGUGUGCAUCAUAAUUUAUCACAGUACUAUAACAGUUGUGACAUGGACAUGUGAGACAGGGCACGUGCAUGUGAAAGAGAAGAUGAAGAAAAAUUGUAAAGAAGGAAUGUGCACGCACAAAAUCACUUCCCCGGAGUAAUGAGUUAAAAGUACAAAAAUCUGACAGCAGCUGGACACAGCUUGUUGUUAAUUAUGUGUAACAAGGCAGAUGACUGAUAGAUGAUAAGUCAAACUAAUAAUGACAAAACACAUCAAAACAUAACCAAAAUAACCUUUGAAAGGACAUCAAGCAUCAUGAGAACAUGCUUCCCAGGUGGUAUCAGAAUGUCGGAGCUAGCUUAGUGUCUUCAGACCUUGAACCGUUCAUUUCAUUCCAUUUUUUUUCCACCUCCACAGCAGUCGUAUACAAAAGUGUCUCAGCAGGCGACUGAACCGACCCACAACCAAUCAGAUUAAGGCAGCGUGUGAUGUAGAGCAAAACAGAAAGAAACAGUCUUUUCUUACCAACGACAACAGCAAAUUCAAGCAGCCAUCUUACUCGUUUCUGAAUAUGCUGUGUCAUCGUCGUAUAGAACCUGCUCUAGUUUCAGUCAAAGGGCUGUGAUUGGGUCAGUAGACCUGUCAUUGAGGGGAAAUCCUUGAAAAUGACCCACCCUCCAGCCACAGUGGAUAGGAGCAGGCUGAUGGGCACUGCCAGGCUGACUGUUAGCAAACGAAGAUAAAUGCUGUUGCUCUGUACGACCUUAAAAAAGAGGCAGAAAGAUUGACUAUUGCUAUGAAAACAUCUAUAAUGCCUGCUGCCAUUUGAGGCAAUUUAGGGAUGAUUUGAAUUUAAGGCACUGAUAACGAGAUGGAUACAUAUAUAUUUGUAGUAUAUUUUUGACACAGGGGUACAUUGUAUAUUUAUAAUACUUUCACAUAUGGAGGUUAUGCACCAAGCAGUCAGCCAAGGUUCACUUCUCGCCUGUGGCUCUUUCCUUGCUCCUCGCCCUUUGCUCUUUCUCCCUGUCUCCUGCUCUGUCCACCAUCCUGUCCUUUCCAAACGAAGGCAAAAAAUCCUGAAAAUAAAUCCGAAAAAAUAAAGUCUGUAAUUAUUAAUUUUGAAAAGUCUGUGUUUUGGUCAUGCACUUGCGCUGGUCAGUGCAGCAUGUACCACCUGAACCCCUACAGCCCCAGUCCUCUUUCUCUGCCCUUUCCUUAUUCACUGAGGCUGUGGCUUCAUAUCAGACAAACCCUGCCUUAUAAACAAAGCUAGAUAAAGCUUCCUCCUUUUGAAAAAGUCCGGGUUGAAAGUUGUUUCAUUCAUAAACACAAGUUAUUAGCUGUGGACCUUGCCUCUCUACUCUCAGGCUGCUGUAUUUACUGGCUGCACGGGACUUAUUUACCAUUCCCUUGCCGAGUCUAACAUGGUGCUUUCGAUUUUAUACAGUCUGGUUUUCCACAAACAAUUAAAUCAAAGUUAUAACUACCAAUACUUUAACUACAGAGCUCUGCAUUGGUAGAUAAGACUUUAAUCUCCCCCCACCCAUGGACCUUUUCCCCCUUAUCUCUCCAUUUCCUCACUUUAAGUGAACACCACCUCUCUUAAGAUGAGUAACCUCACCCCUCACCUGUAAAUCCUGCUUCUAAUGUCUCUUUUCUGUCUUUCUAUCCCCCUGCUCUUAUUCUCCUCACUUUCUUAUCUGCAUACAGCACUCUGUAAGGCAAGGGGAAAGCUUAUUAAAAACAUCUGAGCUGAAGUUUGCCAUUGGAAGAAGAGAUAGCAGGGAUCAAUUUUGACAGAUCCUUUUCAGAGAUUUCAGCAAAUUCACUGUAGCUCUCUGCCCAAAACGCUCCCACACCAUCAAGAGCUUGCAAACUCAGCGUCCGAAAACGAAUUCAUCAGUCAGUCAGCUGUUUACAGUCUGCACAUAAAAGAAGGGGGAAGAGCAAACAGGUGCUAAGUAUGUCUAUGUAAGUGUGUACUAUAAAUGCUGUCAAUUGAAAGAAGUGGACAAAUCCACACAGCUGCUGUUUCUUCUGUCAUCCUGUUUAGGAUGGGAGGCUCAAAUGUUAUAAACUGUUAUUUGUUAAGUCUAAAGUUACAUAAUAGAGUUUGUUAUUCUCUCUUUUUUUAAAUUCGGCUUUUCAGGUUUCAUAUUUGGCCGUAAAUACAACAAACAGUAAAAAUCCAUGGGGAAUUUUGGUAUUAGCUCAAGCUACAGCAAUAAAGUGUGCAACCCUGUAGUAACGGUCAGUUAGAAGUUAAUGUAAGCAGCAAACCACUCAUUAAAUAACAAAACAGGAGCUGAAGGAUAUACUUAAGUGAAAGUAUGUAUCGCAGAAGAGAAAAUGAUAGUUGGCAGUGAAACUCAGCAAUAACUUUAGUAUCAAGUGUAUUUUUCAGAUAUUUAUCAGAAUAGAGUAUACCGCUCAUGAAGGAUGUGGGUGAUGCAUGCAAACCAAACAAAGAAAGGUUGAGCCAGAGACAGAGAGAGAAAAAGACACACAGAGAGAAAGAGAGCUCUGGGAGAGGCCAGCCUUCAUGGAGACCCCACCCAGCCGGCAGGUAAAACAGACCACGUCUCCCAGCUCCCCCCAGGUAAUCUCAGGAAAGAAAAUCACAGAAAAGGAGGCAGAGCAGGACGGGUUGUCAUGAAUGAUAAACACAAUUUACUUAUACAUAUUAUUUUGAUUUAAAAAUAUUAAAAAAUAAAAUAAAAUUAUGAAUGUUAUGAGAAAAAAGUCAUUUCUUUAGUCAGUGUUGAGGAGGAGGAGAAUCCAAGCUUUUUGCAGCUUUUCAGGGUCCUGAUACUUAAAACAAGGUGGUACUGAGGUGUUGUAGGUUACUCAGUUUGGCACAGGCAGCUGGCUGCUCACUGUAAACCAAAACUAUGACUUUAUCACCACUUAUUCUCAUAACAGCAACUCAAUCCCUAUAAUAUUAAAACUUUACUACAAACACUGCGGCUGGAUUUCUUACAACUUUAUUUUCAUAAUAUUUCAACUUUGCUUCACCGCUUAAGAAAACUAUUUUGCUAUGACUUUAUUCUUUUAAAUCUUCACAGAGAUCAGUUGAUACCCCGCAUGCUGCUUACACAGAGACAUGAACUCUCCCUCUUUAUAUAUAAUGAUAAAAAGUUUUGCAUCAACUUCAAGCUGACAUGAGCUAAGUUACAGUAAUUACUGCACCUCUCCAUACCGAGCUGAUGCUCCGCUCUGCCCAUUUCCACAUUGAACCAUCCAAAGCCGAGAGUCUCCCGGGGACAUCGCCUCCCUGAGGGAUGACUAUCACCAAUCAAUCUAACAGCUUUAGCCAGCAAACAACACAACCAGACAAAGUGGAGGGACAGUGCCGAAACAGAGGCUUUUUUGUCAGUCUCUGCUGUUGUAAUCAUGGAUUCAAUUUCCUAUCUCUCACUCUCGACUUACAGCCCUCCUCUAUCUCAUUUCUAUUUUUAUCGACAGGUGACCUGUAACUGGUUGGAGGGAGCAAGGAGAGGAGAGCAAAUGGAAAGGGAGCAGAGAGAAAGAGGAUGAGAGCAAGACCCCAGAGAUCUCUCCUGCACGAUGGGACCCCUUUGCUUUGCUGGAUUUUAAUUUGAAAAAGAACAAAGGGCACUUUGGUUAAAGAGAGGCAGCGGGAUUUUGACAUCAUUUCAGAGUUUUGUCUGCUUUUUGUCUCAGUGGGAGCAGUCAUGGCCAUUCACUAAAAAUAUCACCCAGCCUGCUCCUGCUGCUUCGUACCCAGUGACGCUUCAUUGCCAUGGAGAAGACGUACUCUCUAACUGCCCACUAUGACGAAUUCCAGGAAGUGAAAUAUGGUGGCCGCUAUAGCAGUGACAUCCUAAGCAAUGGCAUGACUCUUCACCUAGGGGGCAGCCUGGACCGUCAUGUAGGGCGUGGCAGAGGUGGGACUUGGUCUAACAGUAAAAACAGAGACCUGAGCAGCAACAGCAGCAGCGGAGGUCUUCCUCGAUGGAGUCGGAGGGAGAUCUGCCUCCUCUCGGCGCUCGUCUUUGCAGCAGGUAUGUGCGUCAUCUUGGGAAGCAUGUUGGCGCUCAAGUACAUUUCUCUGGACCAGCAGGACCCGCAGUGCCGUCAAGACUGCCAACGUAAGCGCUCCCUGCUGAGGGCGGCACGCUUCGUUCAGGCCAACAUUGACCCAACCAUUCAGCCCUGCCAGGACUUCUACUCCUUUGCAUGUGGCGGCUGGCUAAGGCGCCACGGCAUCCCAGAGGACAAGCUCAGCUACGGUAUCAUAACCGCCAUUGGAGAACACAAUGAGGAGAAGCUACAGCGCCUCCUGCUGGAGCCCAUAAGGAGGCAUGGGCCAGACUCAGCAGAGCGUAAGGUCAAAGAAUUUUAUCGCUCCUGUGUGAACAUCCAGGAGAUCGACAAGCUGGGCUCGGAUCCAAUGACAGAGGUGAUUGACAGCUGUGGAGGGUGGGACCUGGUGGGGGCUCCUCCCGGUGCAGCUGGUUGGGAGAGAGAGGGCGCCCCCCAGAGGCCGGAUUUCAACGAGCUGCUGUACAGGACGCAGGGGGUGUACAGCACUGCGGUCUUCUUCUCCUUAACUGUUAAUGUGGACGACAAAAACUCCUCCAGGAACGCAAUCAGGGUGAGGAAAAAAUCAACGGAGCACUAAAUGAGAUUACAUGUGUUUAAGUUGAAGUACACAUGUAAGAAAGUCAUGUAAAAGAUGUGGAUGCAAGUGAACUAAUUCUCCUUCAACUAACCAGUAGGGGGCGACUUUAUUGGUUGAGAAACAAAGUCUUAUCAGUUAUACAUAAAGUUUUGUCAUAGUUCUAUCCCACUGAAGCCAUCCCACUGAUGUUGGCAUUUUGAAGGCUACUUAAAAUGUAGUCAGUAAUUGUGUGAGGGGCUACAGCCUUCCAAGGACCCAGCUAUCAUGAUCUGAGGAGACCAGUCAGGCUGAGUUACAUUCAGAUGGUCUUGUCCAUGGAGGAUUCCCUACUCUGACACCAGCAUCACACUGCACACCCCUAUCCUCUAGCGAUGGGUCUAGUCAGCAUCACAUAACUUAAAAAUCAUCACCAGCAUCUGAAAGAUAACUCUGAGGGUCUUUGCUCUUGUAUGCGGAUGUUUUUAAUCUUUGACUCAUGGUCCCCUCAUUCAUGUGUACACAGAGUUUUAAGUCAGCGAAAAUAGAGAUUUUAGAAAACACAGUUUCACGGUUUUCCUGUUUGUUAAACUGUGAUCAGCACUCUAAGGUUCAAAUGAAUAUUUACAAGGAGUUAAAUGUGUCUGCUGGAGGCUGCAGCCCCUGAAUUAGUUCACUGUGAGUGUAUGCCUCCUCCCAUUACCAAGCCAGAAAGGAUGCACUGGGUGCAUCAUUUGUGGUCAAACAUGUCCUAAGAUUUAUUGCAAGCCAAUUUUGAUAUUAGGCCUAAAACAAAUAAAGGCAUCAAAAGAGUGUUUCCCAGGGCAGUUGUCAAUCAUAGAGAUCUUGAGAUAGUACCUGGGUCAGCUAUUCUGACUGUCAUGGGGUCCGUGCCCCCCCAGUCACCCCUCUAGAUCCACCCCUGGAUUAGGCCCUAUUUUUGUUUCAACCCUCAGAAAGCAGCAUCUUUGUUAGUGUAAACAAAGUUUGAUACUUAAUAAUUGAUAUUCAUUGAAAUUGAUUUAAACUGUAGUAGCAGCAGAACCAGUUUCUGUUUUCAGCUGCAGCUUUACAUGACACAGAAUCACCAAACUGGACAAUUUAUUUAACAGCAGGUUUCAUAAAAUUUGACUACAGCCAUAAACAAGGAUGUGGUAUCAUUAUAGUUUCUACAGUCUACUUUUGAAAAUGGGAGCCCAGGGCUCUGUUAGUCAGCCAAAUGCUCCUGUGUUGAUUGAUAAUAAACCAGACAUCCAAUGCAAAUCAGAAGACAGUUUAAUUGCUUAUUUGUUCUGAUUACUUUUGACACUUUGAAAUGUUUGAAAGGUUUGAACCUGUGCAGACAGCCGCCUAAGUAAGGCUGCAGUCCAGACCCUUUGUUUCUCUCGUCGGUUGAAAGUUUCUGUAUUGUUGCUUAUCUUAAAAAGCCACGAUCAGAAUCUCAUGGACUGUAUGAGCUCAGGGGAAAUGGACGUGUUUCCAUCUAUUGACAAUUCAUCUAACAAGUAAACAAACGAGCUCCAAAUGUAUUUAGGACUGAAAUAAAUAUCUCAGAUUAAUCAGUCAGUCACAAAGAAUCUCCCUGCACGCUGACAUCAUUUAUUAAACUUGAUGCAUAAUUCAGAUGUUCAGCUUACAGUGUGUUGAAUGGGUUGUAAGUGUUGGCAUAAUAAGAGAAUAUUAAAAUAUUAACCAGCUCUUUGAAUGUGCAGCUGUUAGGGCUUGAGUAACACAUGUGUGUCUGUAUACCUUAAUAGAUUUCAUUAGAGCAUGAGCAUCUGACUGUGUGUGUGUGUGUGUGUGUGUGUGUGUGUGUGUGUGUGUGUGUGUGUGUGUGUGUGUGUGUGUGUGUGUGUGUGUGUGUGUGUUUCUGCAGAUUGAUCAGGAAGGGCUCACGCUGCCUGAGAGGAGCCUCUACCUGGGCCAGGAUGAGGACAGUGUGAAGGUAAACACGCUUACUUAUCUCAGUCCACUCAUCCCAGCAUGUCUCCAACCCUGUCAGCAUACUCCCCUCCCUUGUCUGCCCCCAGUGGGUCCAUAAAGGGCCCCUAAAAACAUGCCUGGGAGCAGUGGUUUCGCAGGACGUGGUCACAGAGGCACAAGAGAACUUUUAGUUUGAUGCCCAGUCAUUGAUAGUCAAUGGGUUUCUGUUCAGACUCUAAAAUCUUGAUCCUUUAAUACCAAUCUAGGUUUUUGAGAUAACAGAUUUUUGUUUUUUAUUUUUUCAAUACAUUACAAGUAAACACAAUUUGAUUCUAGUAGCUGUUUUGGUGUCACAAGAACGAAAAGGGAACUAGCAGGGGAAUGGUGUGGUUGUGUGUGCGACUGCAGAGAGUGUGCUCUCUGUCUGUAUUCUCUCAUUUUCUUACAAAUGGGGUCCUUUCAUGGGUGUCAGUCUUUGUGCAGUGCUGUGGAGCUCUCUGACAGGCAGUACAACAACUAAUCAACUACAUAAAGAGACCAGGUUGCAUCACUGUGUCUCUUUUGUCCGUCUGCAGUGAACACAAACCUAGCAUCAGUUGGACGCUGCUUUGACAUACGUGAAGGUGGGGUGUGGUUCGUAAGAGUGCCUCUGUGUUGAUCGACCUCUGCUGCUCACUCUCUCACUUUCAUUCGCUCCAGCAGCUUCUUCUUAAAAAUACAAGUGUGGAUCUUAUUUUUUAACAGCUUUCCUUGCUGCGAAAGCUCCCUCAUGAGCUCAAAGUAAGAGCUGCGCAAGCUACUUAUUUACCAAAUAACUGUUUCAAAGACAUCUGUAAAGUAAAAGCAUUAUGUGGUCAAACGAAGGGAGAUAUGGGGUUUUCUUUGACUCGUGCAGAAAACUCAAGGAACUGCAGUUUUUGCAUUAAUAUAUUGAUUAUUAAACACUAGAGUUAGCCCGUCACGGGUGUCCUUGUGUAUUUGUGGUAAUCAAAGCCCUAUUCCCAAGGGAUUAGUAUUACUUCAGGACCUCUGAUAAUUUGUAAUCAUGCUCCACAACUAACACUGACAUCAAGAGCUGAUCCACGAUUCAUAAGAGGUCCAAUCCCGUGUGAAUAGUGCUUAGGAAUCAAAGUUGUCACAGUUUGAUGGUUAAAUUAGUCUGAGAUCUGUCUACGCUCUAAAUGUGGGAUUGUGUCAAAAGCCUCUGACUCUCCGGUUCUGCAACAGCAGGCAGCAAUCCUAACCCUACCUUUGUAACUCCCUCUGAGGGAAGAUCAGAAGCAGAACAGCUUCAACCCACCAUUACACCUGUGGUCGGUACACGCUGCAGACCGAAUGAACAGGCGUGUAAAUAUCCUGCCUUGAAUUGGUGGUGUGUGAGUACAGAAGCGUAUUGCAUUCACUUGCAAAAAAAAAAAAGGAAAAUGUUUUUGUGUACGUUUUUUCCUUUGCUGUUUGUUGGACUGUUUUUUUCUUCUUUUUUUUGUCCAUUUUUUUCUUCUGUUUUUGUACUAAUUUUUUCUCCCUUGUUCUUUUUUCAGACACAUUUUUAUUCCGUUUUAUACACUUUUUUUUUUUUUUUAAAUCUUUCUGUUUUUCUGACUAUUUUUUUCCCUAAGCGAGAUACUUCAAACUCUUACAAACUCUCAUACAAUCAGAUAAUGUUAAUCACCACGGCUACUCCAAAUCAGCAUAUUCUCCAGCUCCUAGAUAACUUUGACUACGGGGUCAAUGAGAUUGUAGCAUGUAAUUAGUUAAACAUAGGGUAUGCAAAUGCUGAGGUGCCUGCACAAAGUAGACAAACUUAUGAUGAUUCCAUCUAUCUGACUUAAAGAAAGUAGUAUCUGCCAGUGUCACAAACCCCCAAAAAAGUAAAACUUGAUAAAACUAAACAAGUGGGCCAUGUUUGCUUCCAAUAAAUUGAGCAGAGGGGGAUGAAAGUGUCUAAUUUUAAAUGAUCAUGAUCCCAGAGAAAAGGAAAAACAAUUGGUCUGGAAAAAAACAACAACAAAAAAAAGUCCAAAAAACAGAAUAGAAAAAAAAGUUACUCUGAAAAACAGAGAUUUUUUUUUUCCUGGUGAUUGCAAUACGCUUCCAAAUGUGAGUGCCUUAAAUUAAGGUAUAGAAACAGUUUGAUGAUGCUGUCUUUAAAGUCAACUCAUGCAAGCUUCGGAUGAAACCAUCUUAUUGUGGAAAUAUCUUAUUUCUAGGAGGCUAUGUCUCCUCCUCCUCUUCAUGACCUAGUUUGACCUCAUGUUGUUAGACCCCAAUUAUGACCACUCCCUCUUCUUACUUAAAAAUUCACAUCCAUCAGGCUCCUCCUUGACCUCUCCAUUGACGAGUCUCCUUUCCUUCUAUCCUCCCUUGGAGCCCCCUCUCCCUCCUUCCUCUUGUCCUCUUCAUCUGUCUUAUCGACUCACCUCUCUCUCUCUCUCUUUCUAUCUCUUUCUCUCCAUCAUCAAUCCACCUGUUUUCCUCUGUCACCUGCUGUGCUUUUGUUAUCCUGUCCACUCUGCCACAUGUCACCCCGUCACCGGCCAUUACCCAUGAUGUCGCGGCUGAUGGGUUGGUGUCACUGUGCCUCAUAGAUCCUGGCGGCAUACAAGGCACUGAUGGAGCGACUGCUGAGCAUGCUGGGAGCUCACAACGCCACGCAGAAGUCCAAGGAGAUAAUACAGCUGGAGACGCGUCUGGCCAACGUGAGCUGAUCCCCCAUACAUGCGUGUGUGUGUGUGUGUGUGUGUGUGUGUGUGUGUGUGUGUGUGUGUGUGUGUGUGUGUGUGUGUGUGUGUGUGUGUGUGUGUGCGUGUGUAUGUGUGUGUGUGUGUGUGUUGAGUAAAGUCUCCUCUCUCUCCAGAUCACUGUGUCAGACUAUGAUGACCAAAGAAAGGACAUCAGCACCAUGUAUAACCGCAUCACCCUCAGGCAACUACAGCGUAUCGCUCCCAGUGUGAGUACUGCACUCAGACACACGCACACAUACACACACAUGCACACACACACUGAGUACGUACUCAGACCCCUCCUUUACAGGUGCGUGGAUGUCCACAUGCAUUCAGGGUGGAUCCAGACGUGAUGGAUUAAGAUUUGAACUCCAACCGAGCAUUUUAAGCAGCAUGGCGAGUGUGUGAGCGCACAGAGGGAGGUAGAGUGUGUGUGAGCGUGUGUGGCGAAGUGCUGCAAAACACACACGAACACACAGACACAUUCACAGAGCGACACACAUUGAGGCCUAAGUGAGUCACAAAAGCUGUCCGCCCUGCAGGGGAACAUGGGGAGGCUGAGGAGCCAAGUGAAAGCAAUUGGCGGAAAGAGAAGGGGGAAAUAAGGAGACAGUGGGGGGUGUAGGGAAUGAUGGAGGGAAGGAGGGGAGGAGAGAGAGGGAGACACAAGAGGAGGCGGAGAUGAGUAGGAGGAGGAAACUCUCCUGAGGAACUGAUUGAGGAUCCUCAAGAUCCUCCCAGGGUGGAGGGUGGAGGGUGAGAGGGGCGGAUGGCGAGAUGCACACUGGGCAGGCUCUGAGAGGAAGAUUAACAGUUUGAUUUGAACUUUCUGCCAAAGAAAAAAAAAACAGAGAAAGAAAAAAGAAAUGUGGAUUGGAUUGAAAAGAGUUUGAGACACACUAAGAGCAAAAAAAAAAAAAGCAUCAUCAGGAGCAGAUUAGAGGACAGAAAUUCAACCAGGAGAACUCGAGGUGAUGAUGGAGUCACUGUGCUGUGAUUUCCCUCAAAACCAUAAAACUGUUGCAUAAAUUCUGUAUUUGCUGAAAACAGAUACUUAAACACCAGACUGAGUCCUUCUCUGUAGGACUAUAUCUACAAAUAGACACAGUCUCAUCACAGACAUAUGAGAGUAUCAUUGAUGUUUUUCUAAAAGGCCUCGAAGAAAUAACUUUUAUACAAACGAUGCACUUUUAAACAAUGAACUAAAUCAUUCGUAUAAAAGAAAAAUAAGAUCAUUUGAACACAGAUGAUGAUUGUCGGUUCCAGCUUCUUGAAUGGGCGUCUGCUGAGUUUUGGUCAUUUUGCAAAUAAAAAGGUGGAGAAGGCAGCUUUCUUUGUCUUAAACAGUUGUAUCACUGCCAAUAUCUGAACCCAUCAACCUUUAUUACCAAUUAUUUUCUGAUGAAGAGGGGCGUUUUAGGUCUCUAGUUAUGGAUUUACGCUUUUCAGUCACUACUAAACUAUAUAAAAAUGACUCUAGACUUCUUAUCCUGCCCUGUCUUUACAACUGCAGUAUUAAUGCUGUCAUUUUGGUCAGAACUGAUCAACUGUGGCAACAACCAAAAGCUUCAAAUACGAAAUAAACAAGACUAAUGCAGUGAAAACAGAGUUUAUGCUAAACUUUUUUUUGGUCCAGAAUUCAUAAAGAAAAAAGUUUAGACAUAAGCUCUAGAUGGCCAUUACUGCAUGCCAAAUACCUUCACAUACCAGUUCGUACCAUACCAUGAUCAGUUCGCUCACUACAUAUUAUGCUCUGGUUGACUGUUAACACUAAUCACACCAGUACUUGAGUCACUUUUUACAGUCUUUCCUGCACUGAAGUUAAUGUUUGAAUAGCUCUCCUCUAAUCCUUUAAAUACCAGCAGCAUCAUGGUGUCUCACAGCUUUUGCUCUUGACAAACUUGACAGCUUGACACCGUCCUGGUCCUCCUGUUUUUACAGCUUUCACCAAAACUGAAUAUUUUAUGUGGUGUUGGAGCAAAAUCAAAAUACGAGAAAGUCUACUUUAUCUAAACUGCUUACAUGUCCAAGCAUGAAAGUGUAGACCUGGCAUUAAAGAUGAUCCCAUUAUCUUAUGUGUGUGUUCAAGAAAAGAGAAAAUCUGAUUUUCAGACCAAGAUGUGUUUUAUUUACUGGGUAUGUUCCUGCCUGAUUAAAAGUAAGAAAACUCAUAUAAAGAGUCGACUAAAACAUCUGAAUAAAGGGUGCCUGGUUUACAGACACUUAACUCAGGAUUUAAAAACUUCCAGGCUGACUAAAUUAAAAAUCAGUCUGUAGAUUGUUUCAGGAAAAAGGUGCCUAGGAACAACAGAUUGCAUUAUGUCCAAAGAACACAGGCUGUGAAUUCAGAAACUCAGCAGCAAAAGAUAGUCUGAGAUUUCUCCUACAAUGGCUUUAUAAAUAAAAGUAUAUGAUACCCUGUUGCAUCACAGCAAAAUAGCUCAAUAUUAAAUUUUUGGGGGUUCUGCUGGCUGAGCGGUGACACGCUCCCUGUAGGAGCCACAUUAGAGUUUUUAUUUACACAGUUGAAUUUUGUUUCGUUGACCUCUGCGCCCUCCGCAGGUGUUGAGGGCGCACUCACCUAUAAGUAGGAGCAGCUGACACAAGGCCAGAUGACGGCUCACAGCUUAAAUUAGCAUCGACCGCGGGCUUUCAAGCUGUAAUUUAUUGUUUAGAUAAUCUAUGUUACUCAUUCAUUUAUGUAUUUACCUUUGCAAUAAAAAACAAGGAAACUUCAUCCAACUCUCCAAGAAUUUGUUUUUUUUUUUGGAAAGUUUGCGCAUGUGAUGACUCGGAAAAGGAAACCGUUCCAACAAACAGCGAAAGGAAGGAAAAAAGGAGAAACCUUUUUUUUAAGGCAUUGGGCCGCUACACUCCCCAUGUACAGAGGUUAUGUCUCACACGGCAGGCCUGAGUCUGUGGCUCCAUACCGACGCUCCUCCCCUCACUUUCCCUCCUCUCCCAGUUUCCUGCUCUGUCCAAAUAAAGGCAGAAAAUAAAUCUUUAAAAAAAGAUUGUUUACAGAUUAUCACCUGUAUUUGCAUGAAAAUUUCUGUGAUAUCUGAAAUCAGGUUACUUUUCAUGGAAGGUGAGGAUUGCAUCGCUGUGGUUUAGGCUCAACUUGCUUCUGCUUCAUAUGUGCACAAUCAUUCCUGUAUUUAACAGUCAGACACAUGGUUGAUCAAAACUACUCAAGCUACAGUUACACUACAAACAAAAACACUUUCUAUGCUAAAAAUCCAGAGCCUUUUGUAUAGAUGUCACUUUUAAAUACAAUCUGAAUAAGAUUAUAUCUCUGCUAAUGUAUGCAAAAAGCAGGUACACAAUGUCGACUAUAUUGGUAUCAGUAAAUUUUGAAACAUCACAUAGGUCAGACUCUGUAACUCCCAACACGAUGGAUUCAUAGUACUCCUAAUUCUAGUACUCUUUAACAGUGACACUGUGGAGUUUUCAACAGAUCGAAUCAGCAGAAUGAUCUGUUUUGGCUUUAAAGCAUCAUGAUUCCUCCAAGAGUAUCACAUUGAAAGCUCUAUGAAAGAGUCUCUCAUGCCUAAGCUUGUGCCGAGUAUUAAACACCCAAAAUCUACAUAAUCAAAAACUGAAGGAAGUCUAAAAAAUGUAAACUUUUAUUUACUUUGCCUUUGUUGUAGUGGUUUACAUAAUGAAAUAUAUAACAAGGUGAUUUGAUUAAUUUGCAAUAGAUGAACGUUAUUGUUCCUAAAAAUGGGAAAGAUGAGCACGAGUACCUUUACUUACCACAGCUCUGUUCUUUCCAUGCAUAUAAAAAAGCCUCAUUUAUUUCUUUGAGGUCUAAUAAACAUAAAUGAGUUAAUAUGUAGAAUACCAGUCUCUAUUAAUCAAGGAGGAGUCUGACCUUUAACAGUUUGUUCAUGAUUGCACAAACACACAGAGUCUUAGAUUAUUCCUUAAGGUAAACACUUAAUCUUUAUGCAAAUUAAGAGCUCACAGUGCCGCAAAGUGAAGAUGCUUUAUUCUGCAUGUAUUUUUGCGUUUUUUUAAGCAUUUAUGUUUACUGCUCUUGCUGCGCUCACUGAGUCACAUUAGUCUGAAGGGAUCUGCUCUGGACAACAACAUCGCCUGACUCUUUCUAAACACAGACAGUCAUAAAAAGGUAAAAUCAGGAGCUUUUAGUGUCUCUGAGUAUUGAUGUGAAGUUAUUUUCCUGCUUAAGAAGCUGCUUUUUAAAAAUUAGGGACUGGAAAACUUCCUUUGUUGAUUCUUAAUUCACAGCCUCUCUGAUCCUGUUAAAUACAAACUGUCUCACACAGAGAAAUGUGGACCUCAGUCUUAUUUCAUGCACCAAUGCUUUGGAAACUCCCUUCCUCAGGCUAAAUGAGAUGCAAACUCUGUGCAAUUGUUCAAAGGGUUCAUGAAAAAGUGUUUAUUAAAGAUGAUUUCUUUACUCUGCCUUUGUUUUAUGCUUAUCUUGUGCAUGGUUGUGUUCAUUAGUUUGAAAUCUUUUUACAUAUUUCAUUAUUCUGAUCCCGUACCCUCCCUUUCUGUGUAAUGCCUGUUUUUUUUUAUUAUUGAGGGGUUUCAAACUCUUCUUACAGACCUUCUUUAUUUGAGAUUAGCCGGCUCUUAAAGACAUAAAUGCAUACACUGUACUUAAAUUAUUAAUUUUUAUCAUCAAAAAUCAUUAUUCCCUUUUCUACAACUAGACCUUUAGAGUUUGAAUGACAACAGUGAGUCAGUUUGUGUUAAAUACAUAAGCUGUCAUGACUAGGGACUUCGUGACUCCACCACUUUUUUUGACUACACUUUUUUAUUUGCCUGAGUUCUUUCUGUAACAAGACCGUUAGACUACUCACCCACUCUUACUUGUACUUUCAUACUUUGCUUGGUUUUCUGCUAUAUAUUUCUAUAUAUGUCUGAAUGUUUGAUUAAGCACAUAUUUUAUAGUACAGUCUGAAAUAAACCAUCUUAUUCUCCUCUCACUGUAGCUUCACUGGAAACGCCUGCUGGACAGAAUCUUCCACGAUAACUUCUCUGAGGACGAGGAGAUCGUGGUGCUUGCCACCGACUACAUACAGAAAGUCUCUGAAAUCAUCAAGACCACAUCGAAAAGGUAAAAAAAAGAGAGGGGGUGUUAAGUCGGGUGGGAGGUGAAGGUCUGUGGGCGGGGAGAGAAAGAUGAGGGCGCUGAGGUGUAUGGAAAAUCGAUGAAAUUAGAUGCAGGAAUUUUUGAGCGCGUUCUUUUUGAGCGUGAGUAAGCGCUUUUGUUUGAGGUCCUCUGGUGUGUGUUUGCAUGUGUGUGUGUGUGUGGCCAUUAGUUUAGGGCUGUCACUAUAGUUUGGACUACAAGGCAGUGUCACGAGGUGUAUAGAUUGGAUUUUGAGUGCUGCUGUGCAUGUAUUUAUGUGUGCAGUGUGUGUGUGAGUCACUGUUGGGUGAACUUCCACUCCUGCUGCGGCUGAUUAUUAUUGAUCUACACUCGCACCUUUCUACCACCUGCAGACUCAGGCGGACACACACACACACACACACACACACACACACACACACACACACACACACACACACACUUUCUUUUCACUUCUUCUCCAGUCCUGACAGACUCCAGAGAGGGUCUUGGAGGGCUGCUGCACGUCAGGUUGUUUGACACAGCGACUGACAGCUCUCCAAUAGUCACUGUGCUCCACACAAAUACACAACAGCUCCCAGGCCUCGUACAUACAUGGCUGACUGGCUGCAUGACUGGCUGCUGGAUUUGUUACUUGUCAUUUGUGCGUGAGGCUGGAAACUGUCUGUCUGCCUCUCUCGGUCUGUUGGUGUGGCGGCAGAAAGACUUCAGAAGUUUUGGUAAUUUCAUGACUCACAAGUUUAUGACACUGCAGUACAUUAACCUCCGGACUCGGCAAUAAAAACGAGACUGUGCAAUCAGUCUGCAUUUGUAUUUUAUCACCCUGACGUUUUUUCAAGUUGCAUAAAAAAGGUUGACGCUCCUGUGAGGAAGUUUCAGUUGGUCUUGAUUUUGCUGCCCCCUCCUGGACAUUAUAUGAGGAAGUCAUGUGGAGGGUAACAACAGAGACAGAAGUUGAGGGUUUCAGGGCUGCAGCUACUUUAUUUAAAGUCUUACAACAUGUGCAUCAACUUUAGAUUGAGUUACUAAAAGUCCUGAGAGUCACGCUGGUGUCCUGUGAUCAAUCACACACAGGAUAUGUAAACAAUAAAUCAAUCAAAAUAAUAUAUUUCCUCUUCAUUAGAGGUGUAUGACAUUCCCCACCCCACCCAAAUCAAAUUUGUAAUGGAUCUCAGUGAAGAGUGUGUUUGUGAGAUCUCCAUUACACUCUGUGAACAAAUGAGGCCGUGCGUUUAUUUUGACAGCUCUGUGAGUGAGUCAUCUAUCAAUGCAUCCAUGGUAACCUGUUGAGAACAAUCAAUAAGGACAGGUUUUUUGUACUACAGACAUUGAUCUAUGCGAUACCUCCAAAACACAGAUAGGAGUUUGCAAAAAGCUUCCCGGAUCCUUGAGGAAGUACACUUUUUGAUACUAUGGGACUGGCUUAAUUUCCCAAGGAUGCCGCUUCAGGCGAAAGUGCAAAAAGCUGCAGUUUCUUAAGUGUCCACUGGGGGCUGGCUCAAAGAGCAAAGGGAGCUCGAUAAGAGUCCUCAUUAAAAUGUCUGUUUUCUUUUAAAACAUGGUGCAGAAAAAAGGGGUUUUGGUUUCUGUAACUUAUCUCUUAAAGAGGGAAAACAGAUUUUUGUUCUAUAAUUUAUUUUGUCAUAAAUGAUAUUAAAAGUGUAGAGUUUGUAAUGCAGGGAUAUGGGUUAUUGGAUAACAGGUGGUUACAUUAUAUUUACAGGUUGGAGUUCAAAUUCAUCUUAAUAUUUCAAUAUCUUAAUUACUGUGGACCUGAAAUGUUGGUCAGAUGUUAUCUAAGCUAAAUGGAGGUAGAUUUGUAUGUAGGCUGUGUCUGGUUCAACUGACCUGUAACCACUCGACCAGGCAUGUGGACAUUAAAGGGAUAUUCAGGCGUAAAUUUAAAUGAGGGUCAUACGCACCGUAACACCGAAUAAGACACCCCCUCGAGAGGUGAAUGUUGCCAACUGUUUGCUUCUCCGGUUAUACAAACUCAAGCAACAACCACACGAUAGCAAUACACAGCGGUCUACGUCUCCACGCGCAAACCUCAACCAAAAAGCCACUCUAUAGCCACAAAUAAUGCUCAGAACAGCACCUAACUUCAUCAACAGUACAUAUAGGGUCCCAGCCAUAGUACUAGCCAUCAAACAUCUUUUUAACUUUGCCUGAUUUCUUUAGCAAAGAGACUAAACACAACUAACCCACUCUCCUCCAGCAGCUGCUGUUUGUGGGGGAGCCCUUACGAGUCGAUCACCAAGUGCAGCAGAUCACUUCCAUGAAGUAAUAAUCAUCAUAAUAAUCCUUGAGCAGUGAUGGCAGACCAAAGGCUGGGUCUGCAGUAUGCGAUAUAAGUUUACAGGGUCUGUGAUCUGUGAAAAGUUCUGUCUCAGUUUUGACUGUUUUCUGGGUGUUUUUGUACCUUUCGACCUGUCAAUCAGUAAGAGUUUGAAUUUCUGUUUUAAUUUCUUGAAAUUUAGUUGCUUCAAUUGUUGCAACAGUGCUGCAUAGAUCAGUUUGAGGCCCUUAAUGAAGCCGUAAGAGGAUCAAAAAAUUCCGGGAAUUAAAUUCCCAAUCAGUCCUCUGAGCAGAUCCCCAUUGUUACUGCAUCUCUUACAUAAUCUCUUAUGUAACUUGAAUUCUGACCACAGCUCACGAUUCAUGUCUCUUGGAUUUUGCUCUCUCUUCUCUCUUUCUUGACAGUUUUACGGUUUCACUCAAGUGUUAUUUGCCAGCUGAAAAAUCUUUAGUGUUUUGUCCCUGCCUUCAGAAGAUGAGUUCUUUGUUGUUGCUGUGAUUUAGCUCAGCUCUGUUAUCGUAAACAUCUUUUAUAUCAAAAUGUCCUUCUGUUUUGUGCUGGAUGUCUUGAACUCCCCUGCUGCUCCACCAUCUUUGUGAAAGCGACUUUUUUAAUCACAACAGUCCAGCAUUCAUCCUCAUUGAGUCAGGGUCGUAUCACUGAGGAUUCAUUAGGUUCUUUAUAAAACUGGAGCCAUCAUUGACUCUGUCACAUCCAUUAGCCCGAGUUCACUUCUCCAGUCUUUUCUCUCCUUGUUUACCAAUCUUCUCUUUGAGUUGUCUGUCCAUCCAUCCCCCUGACGGCUUUAGUAAUAGACUCUACCUUAAGUUUCGAUCAUCCUCCCUCCCUGUCUUUUGUUGCCUCACCUGUGUCUAUCUGACAUCUUGUCCUCUUUCCCUUUUAACACAGGUUCACUCAGUCAGCUUUCAUGUUCAGCUGAUGGGGGCUUCAGUGUUGAGCUGCGAUCUGAAAGGUUAAAACCACUUCAUGUUUCUGGGUUAGAUUUUGUGCUGAUUCUUCUGGCUGUCAAAGGCGGCUGAAAUCGUGUUGGGAGUUUAAAACUUAUUAAUUUGUUGGUUGUGUUAUUGUACAAAGAGUUCUGGUGGAACAAUGGCAAUACAGCUGCAUGGCCAUUGUUCAAUAGGAGGUAAACAAGCUUGUUAUCCCCGGUGUGUUUCUCAGUCAUUUUGAGUGUUUAAAACAAAGCCAAUGGUGUAAUGCUCAAAAACUGCAGUUCCUCAAGAGCCCACUUGGUGUCAGCUGUAAAACCUCCAGCAGCCACGUACACACCCACAUCAAAAAGCCCCUUUUUACAGCAAAAAAUAAAUAUGAUUAUGGCCCGAUACAAAAGUCAGUUUUGGACUGAUAAGCUCAUUUUUCUGUCUGCACUCUGAACAAAGAGGGAAUAUUUUCACAGGGCAUUUAUUUUAAAGAUAGAGAGAUUACCGGUUCUGCAAUAACAGGGCACAGCUGAUCCAACUGACAGGCAGAUAUAGUGUAGCUGUUAGCUAGGAGGCUAAAGACCACCUCUGCACCACCCCUGCCUCUUAUUUGGUUUUGAGGAGCUGCAGGUUUUAGCACUUCAGCGCUGGCUUCAGUUCUGGUAAGCCUCAAAACAACAUUAAGAAGAAAAAGCUCGGUCAAGUCUGAAUGUGGUUUCCUGGCAGGAGUUGGAUCCCAUACAUCGACUGCUGUAAACAUUAAGGACUCUCCAAUCCUUGACAGUAGGCAACUUUCUGACACAGACUUUUCCUCUUUGUCACUCUCUCCUCACCAAACUCUUUUCCUCUUUAGUCCCCUGCUCCUCAGCUCCUUCUCCUCUCUUACCACAUCUCUUAUUCUCAACAUUGCGUGAUAACCCUCUUUCCCCCCAAUCCUGCCUCGGUCCCUGAGCUCCACUCUCCCUUUUCGCCAUCUGCACCUCUUCUGUCGUUACCUCUUCAUCUCUGUCACUUCUCUACCUCCUGUCAUCCUCCUCCUCACCGGUUCCUGUCUCUCUCUCCUCUUCUUUCUUGCCUUUGUAGUCUCUUUUCUCUUUCACUUUUUCGUUCCUCCUCCUCCUACCUCCAGUCUGUCUACAGGUUUCGGUCUCCCGGGAAGUUCAAUAUUGGGCUUUAAACAAAGGUUGGCGUUGUUGGCUCAUACACACCUGGAGACGGAGGAAUAGAGCUGCUUUAUUUCCUCUGGGAUUGUUGCUCAUUAGCCUAACUUAAAAGAAUUUCUUUAAAAUCACUGCACUUCCUCUCAUCAAGUGGUCUCUCCACCUCUGCCUGUUAUUUGCCAGUCACACAGUUUGUUGCAAGCAACACUCCCAAACAAACACACAGGAAACCGAAGUUAGCACUCACAGUGGGAGAACAGCAGAAAUUUGAACCUGACUGAGCAAAAUCCUGUCAGUAAAAUAUCCACCUGCUCCUUUCAUCUGUCCUUCUGCGAGGUACUUUUGUUAUAAUUGUAUUACUUCCUGUCAAAAAUCUGCUUUUGAGGUUGUAAACAUCAUGCUUUACAGUUGGAGCUUUUCCUUUUUGCAUUAUGAGCUUACUUUAGCUAGCACCUUUAAGGACAGACUGUGUACAUGUAAUGCCAUGAGUUUUUCCCAACAUGAAUAAAUUCACAAUUCGACUAUUAUUGAUAAUUUCAGUUUUCAGACAGUUUGGCUCAAGAUAGAAUUUUGAGCAAAAUGCAAGUAUCAUCAUGCAAACGUUUCUCAGCUAAAUGCUAAUAUUAUGUUCAACAGAUACAGAAACUAAGUGAAAAUUGUGAUAAAGUAUCCUAUAUUAACAUGCUGAAAUAUGCACUUUCUGUCCAUAUAUCAAGAGUGUGUAAAAAUUUGAAUAUUAAGCUAUAUCGAGUCAUCAGUUUCUGGAUUUGAAGGUUCCCUUGCUCACCCCUUUUAUUGGCAAAGUCAAUCAGUUGAUCAAAUUUUAUUUAUAUAGCACCAAAUCACAACAGUUGUUAUCCCAAGUAGCUUUCCAAAAAAGAGCAGUUCUUGACCAUGCUCAUUGUUUGAUGAAUUACCAAGACCCAACAAUAAGAUGGGACAGAUUUGACCCAUCUCAUCUCACAUGAGUGACAGUGGAAAGGAAAAACUCCCUUUUACUAGGCAGAAACCUUGGGCAGGACCAGACUCAUGUCAGACAGCCACCUCCCCGCCUCGCCAAGUAACAUGGUCAUUAAAGACAAGAGGCUCCUGUGAAAAUAUGAUCCUUCAUUUGUCAGGUUUUACCACUUAAAAUGUCGGUAAUGCUUUCUUUUACGGUACACCAAAAAAAGAAAAACUAGAAAAUAUUGACUUAGUAGUUAUCAUGUAAUUACCAGAUGAUUUCAUGUUGUUACAAGGUAAUUACCUGGUAACUACCUGGUAAUAAGUGUACCGUGAAAGGAAAGGGUUACCAAAAUGUCUAUUGAUACAUUGUUUUUUUUUUGGACACAACAACCAAUCUCUCUCCAAACUCGUGCAUUUUGUCAUCCAUUAAAAACAGUAAAAUAAUACACGUGAUUUUUGAUUCUUGAUUUUUGCUGUCGGCUGUUUGGCUUCAAAUCUCUGCUCAGGAAACAACAGCUGGUGUCACUGAGUUAACAUCCAUGUUUCAUUCAGUGAAGGGUCUGGAUGUGUGAUUGCAGCUCUUCUGGGUAAUGUCUGGGCAAGUUCAGGACUGUGCCUAUUGUGUCUGUUCAAAGUUUCACAGCCAUCUGUCAGAUUGUUUUGAGAUUUAUCGGUUUGUACCAUCUUUAUUUGAAAAAAUUAACAACACAACUGCAGCAAUAGUAAGAGCUUUGUGUUUGACAGCUGUGUUCAAGGUCAAUUAACGAGAGAACUUUGAAUUUCCUUGACUUAAAUCUUGUCUGCCUGGAGCACAGCAUGAACUGCCGGGCAAUUUCUUUGAUUUUUCUUGAUUUGGGGUAUGGUGGUUUGGUGUUUCUCUUUGUACAGGAGCUUGAAAAACCAAGAAUGAUUAAGCCAUCUGCAUGAUUGACCAGAUUUAAAUCCACCUGAACAAAUCAUGCAAUCAUCUUGAGACAUGCAGAAGACUUAUAAUGAUUUUUUCAUGUUGAUAAAAACCUGCAGAACAAGGAAAAGUUUAGUCCUGGAGACACAAACGCACACACACACACACACAUGCAGAGUAAGAUUGUGUGUCAUCAGAAGCUACAGAGGUGUUGACCCGUCCUAUCAUUGCCUGGUGAAGCAGAUGGAGAGGAGGGUUUUCUCCACUCAUGUCCACUAAUAGACUGUGGAGAAAUUCUUCCGCACCCAUUGUAUUCUGUCGUUCACACAACAACAAGUACAAACACACACUGUUGGAGAGGACUCUUGAAGUUCUCACACAGCUGAAGGGGUUGGUACAGCCUGACAUUGGUACAUACACAGAAAGAAACAGAGGAAGGAUGGAUUCUUCUGAAAUUGGAGGAGCCGUGUGAAGUUGUUCACAGAGAGGUGAAGAGGUGGCAGAUGAGUGAAAAGAACAUAGACAGGUGCUGCAGGAGCUUGUUAGACAGCUGUGCGAGUUUCACAAUGACAGGAUGCAUUAACAGGAAUGGAUCAACCUUCCCCUUACUUUCUAGCUUUUUUCUUUUGACCCAUAUUUCUUUCUUUUACACCUUUACUUCAUUUUUAUAUCUUCACACUGUCAGUCAGCUGGAGCGAGGCAUCAUUUUGGGUCUGUCUGUCUGUCUGUCCGUCUCUUUCUUAUCAACCUUUUUUCUUGAAUGGAAGUUGAGGGAAAUCUUUAAAUUUGGCACGCAAGUCCACACGGACCCAAGUAUGAAUCAAUCUACCAACAGGUCAGUCUUUUAACUGUUUUUAUGAAGCAGUUUUAUGAAGUCAAACUGAAGCAGUAAACUUCAAAAUAAAAGCAUAAUUUUACAAUAGAGAUAAUUAAGCAAGCUGAACACAGGUCGGAUAAAUAUCAACAAAUGAAAGCAACUAUUGUUUCAUGAGACAGUGUCCUGGUUAGGACUUUUGGUCCCAGGGCUGGUGUUCAAUAAUAAAUUUGAGUAUUAUCAAUGAAUCAUAAUAUGCAAGUUAACUGGUUAAAUCUAUGAAGUAUGGUGUUUAGUUUAGCCUUUUCUCAGUUUGACAGCCGUGGUCCUGCCUCAACCAUCACCUUUGUUUGUGUGUCUACUGUUUGUUCAUGUAUAAGUGGCUUUGUCAGUAGGGACUGGUGAUAAAUUAUAGUUCACGAUGUAUCGUCAGAAAAAUCCUCCAUGAUAAAUAUUUGCCAUCUCAUGAUAAAUACGAUAAAUGCAAGCUGAUGACACAAGCGCGAGUGACGGACUCGCAGCCAAAGCCCACACAGAGCAGAACAACAAACAAACAUGGCUGAAGGUAAUGAAGAAGACGUUUCUGAGCAGCUUGUUACUGAACGAGGCUCCACAUGAGGGAUUUCCUUCAAGAUUGGGGUUAAGAUGAAUGCAUGCCUGACAUCAGACAGUGGAUCUGCUGCUGUUCACUCUGUGUAAUAAGAGUUUUUAACAAAUGUUAAAAAGGUUUUCACAUUUGAGACUUGUUUGAUGUCGUUCGUUUUCUCAACAACCGACCGCUCAAACUUGUGGUUAUCUUAUUUGACUAUUCCAACUGGUGUUCUCAAGACAAAACGAAUCAAAAAUAUAGAUGAAUAUUAUAAUAUCUCAUCCUGAUAAUUUUUUAGCCCAUAUCGCCCAUCUCUAUUUGUCAGGUUGAUGUGUAGUUUAAUAUACGACAACCCCAGAAGUAUGUGAUUGUCCAGUUUGUGUGCUUCACAGACUCCUCCUGCAUCAUUUUGUUCUUCCUGGUUGCCUCUUUGCAGCCACCCUCCUUCAUACAGUCACCUCUUCACAAAGCCUUAAAGCUAAUUCGAUGCUACCCUGAAGCUUUUUAUUCCAUCAUGAUGAAUAAAUAAAGUCAAUCAAUGCACAUUAUUUCCCUCCCUUUUUAUUUCAUUUAUUCUUGUCUUUUACCUGUUUUUACCUUCUUUCAGGUAAAAAAUGCAUGUUUCUGUUCAUCCGUGCAGCUCCAUCCCCUUCCUCUCUUUUGCAUUCUUCCUCUGUCACCCUAAUCCCCCUUUCUUCCGGUCUCUCUCAGCGCUUUGAGGUUGUUAUUGACAGCGUUCGUGUAUUGAUCUCUACCCGUCCAUUUUUCAAUCUCCCUCUGUGUGACAACUCUCUCUCUCUUUCUGUCUUUAAGGAAAUCUGUAUUGACCCACCCCCUCUCUUCAUUCUCUCUUUGCUCCCAUCCCAUGUUCUCAAAUUAAUGGUUUUCCAAUCAUACAAGUCCACUCACAAGAGCAGUCACACUUCCAUCUCCUAACCCUCCAUCCAUCUUUCUUUUCUUCUUCCUCCCUCCAGUGUGUGUCUGUGUGUGUGUGUGCGCAUGUGAGUGUGUGCAGUCUCCACACACUGCAAUGACUGCAGCCAAUCCCAUUAGCCAGAUGAGCAAGCCUCCAAUGAAGGGGAAAGCAUAAUGACAACACCAGUGUCCCUCUCACACACACACACACUCCCCUUCUUCGUCUGUUCCCUCCAUUCAUCCGUCACUCUCUGAGUGUGUUGGUGCGUGUGAGGGAAUCUGGGGUGUGUUAUUACUGCUGAGUGUUUGGGCUGUGUAAUUUAAAGGCUAGCUCAGAGUCUAUCAUUCAGUGUGUGUUUUAUUCAGGUGUGUUUCAGAGAACAAUGUGUGUGUCUUUGAGUGAUCCAUAAAAGUGAAACGGUCACAGUCCACAUUCACUUCCUGAUUGGUCCACAGCCUUUGAAAGAAAUACUCUCCAGUUGGCAGUAAAGCAUUUUUUAGGUGAAGCUGUUCACCAAAUAGUAGAUUUUAUGAGGCUUCAGCUUUCAGCAGUCAGGGUUUGACUCCCAGCAGGGCCUCCUCAGCCUGAGAAUAUAUGGUUCUGGGAAAGAUUUUGCAUAAAAGUCUGCACCAAUAACACAAAAUGUUGGAUUUUCUGCUUCUGUGGUGGUUUUUCAAGACUUUUUUUCCAUUCUCAGAUGCACACUGAAGCAUGCGCGCCUGCAGAUGAUAAAACCCAGCCAACUUUUUUCCUUUCCAUUUCAUUUUUUUUUUUCCUGCUCCUCUCUCUGGCUUUGUUAAACUCAAUUUCUUACUGUCAAAAAUCCACUCUACAGUCAAAACACUGUUUUCUGGCUCUACCUGAGAAACAGGUUUACAAAAUUUGCACUUUUACUAUGAAUAUGCAAUCUAGCACUGGUCUGUUAAAGAGGAGUGAGCCAUUACUCUUGACCAUCCUCCUCUAAGGCAGUUUGAACUGGCCAAUCAGACGCAGCAUCUGUAUCAGCACCUGAUCUGCAGAGACACCAAAACGCUGCAGUGCUGGAAAAAGAUGCUGUUCUAAUUUCCACAAUUAGCCGAGUUUGUCACACACACACACACUUCAGUGAUGUUUUGCCUCAUGAAAGAAGCAUUUGCUUUCAGUGUGUAAGCACAUACUAAGGGAUCAAGUGCACUGGGAUUUUUAAGAGCAGGACCUUUUAUGGUACUGAAAGGUGAUAAGUUAAUGUUGCAAAACACAAAAAUUUGCAGCUGAUUGUGAAUGGAUCAGCAUUAACACUGACAGAUAUGAUAGAAUUGAUGGUGUAUUUAGACCUGAAAUUGAAACUUUAGAGUCUUUCUUCCUUUUUUCUGCUUGGUUACUGUUGUCAGAUGCUUUGAUAUUUGCAUCUUUCUUACGUUAAAAUUUCUUAUGGCUUUUAUAACAACUCAAGGAGACCCAUUUCUCCACUGUUCCUGGGAUAGACACCUGAUGAGCCUGUUUGAUCUGCUGUUCCAUGAUCUCAUUACAGGCAGAAUUGGUGGGUCUUAAUCUGGUCCAGGACACAUGAGGGUCCACACAAUGUCUGUUGACUAUUGCAUGUUGGACCGCCUUAAUAUCUGGCCCGAGUGCUCAGAUCUCAACUGAGGUAUGUUGAUACUCAAAGUAUCCAUGGCUGUCCAUUUGGACUGCAAGCUUCAAGGACAAUAGGUAAAGUCAGGUAUAAACAGGUCCUGGAUCAGCCUGCCACACAUUUCUUCAUGCAGGACAGAGGUUACAAAUCAUAGUCUGUAGCUCAGAGUCAAAUUUACUUGGUGGAAAUCUUGUAUUUAGGUUAUAAGUAUCUGUCAUCAGGCCCUCAUCCUGACCUUUAAUCAUCUGAAAAAAUGUGCAUUUGUUAUCAGAUUAAGUGUAAACUGCUCUAAUUGUGUUUGUCUAAUUUUUCCCGUUUAAAUUAAACAAAUCAACAAUUCCUGCUGCGGUUUUCAUUAGUGCCAACUUUGGUGUAAAAGAGCCCUCCUCCCUGCCUGCAUUACCUGCAGGGUCAUUACCUGUGCUAAUGUGUUGAUGCAGUAUAAGGGGACAGUGUCUUUUCAUCUUCUUAACUAGCUCCAUUAAAAUCCAUUCAGCUAAUGAGCCGUCACUCAGUCCUCCUGUGAUUAAGACCUAAUGCUUGAUACAGCGCCCUCACCGUCAAGCUCUCUGCUUCUAUUUAGCACCACUGUGACUCCAUUACUGUGCAACGCUCACCCAGACACAGACGUGAGAUCAUAUAGGAGCCUAAAGGGAAGUGUCAAGGAUGAAUUAAUCAGAGGUUACCAGCCAACAACCACCAGGGUUGAAAAUGGAUGUUAAUGUGCAAGUGAAGUUCUUGGAUUGCCCAGUUGAGGAUGGCUGCAAAUACCAAGAAAAGCCAAGAGGCCCCAAAUUAAACUGCAGAUUUUUACAGCAGAGUUAAACAGGUUUACAGCCUGAAAGGUAUGCAGAGAUUUUUACCUCCGCCAAGGAGGUUAUGUUUUCGGUAGCGUUGGUUUGUUUGUUUGUUUGUCUGUUAGCAACUUUAUGGAGAAAGUUACAGACGGAUUGACCUAAAAUUUUCACCAGAGGUGCGUUUCAGCCCCAGGAGGAUCCCAUUACAUUUCGGUGGUGAUCCGGACAAAAUUCUGGAUACUGUGAUCCAGAACACACACAAAUAAGGGUGUUGUUGGAAUUUUCAAUGCUGAAAGGUAACCAAUGGGCGGCACGGUGGUGUAGUGGUUAGCACUGUCGCCUCACAACCAGAAGGUCCUGGGCUUGAAUCCUGGUCAGAGCACCUCUUCUUUUAGGAACAUUAUGAACAGUGAACAUACCAGUUUAAACACAAAUAAAAGUUGAUAAAAGACACGUAACACUAAAAGUUUUGGUGUGAAUCACAAUAUAAGGGGGGACAUGAGCUGCUUGGCGGAGGUCUGCACUCUCCGAGUGCUUUUCUAUUUUUUUUUUUUCUUUUUUUUGUGUGUAACAUAAAUCAGGGGUUAACAUUUCUCUUUAAUGCAUCCCUUUUGAAUAUGUGAAGGUUAACUGCUAGAACCUGCAGGCCAGGUGUGCUUCAUCAGUGCCAAUGUCUCCACCAUUGAUCUCAGUCAGUCAAAGCUUGUUUUGGCACAGCAGCAUGUCUCACAUGUGACUUCCCACUCUUCUCCACUAAAGAUUUAAGUUGAGUCACCCCUCCCCCCCUGUCUUUUUUGUACUGUCUUAUGACAGUCCUGCUUAUUAUUAAUUGUGAAUAAUUUAUGCACAUAUUGUUAACACAGGGCUGUUUCUGCAGCUGCUUGCUGACACUCACCUCCUUGCGCCAAUUUCAAGCAUUAGAAGCAAACGUGCUGAUAGUCUAGUGGUCUAAGGGCUCCACAUAUAGAGGCUUCCAUCCUCGGUGAAGUGGUCGGUGGUUCAACUACAGGCCUCAACCUUUUGCUGCAUGUCUUCCCCUACUGUCUGCGCCCUGCAUUUCCUCUCUUUAAGUGUCCUGUCCUAUAGAGGUGAAAAUACCCAAAAACUUAACUUUAAGAAAGCUAGUAAACGACUUGUCAGUCUUGUAGCUGUCUCUUUUUUCUUUGCUCUGAUGUGACGUGUCCUUCUGUAACGGGAACCAACUUGAGUGUCAUGAUAAGAUGCCAAUCAGUGACUUUGAGCAGUCUCACUGUGUCGUGACUGUACGAGGGCUGCAGGUGUGAAGGACAGAGCAAAGAGAGACACAGUGGGUUGAAGGAGGUGAAACUUUAGCUGUAUAUGAUCAAAUUCAAGCUUCGAUUUUGCACCCACAGCUCCUUCGAGAUUUAACUGUGCAUCUGUUGUUUUUACUUCAAAGCUUCACUUUAAAUAAGAGAUGCACUGAGUGCGACUUCUUGCUCGUAUUGCAAUACAUUUCUCACAAAGAAAAGUGUUGCAAUAUCCAGCAGCAUCAAAGAGUAUGUUUUUAAAUGACUGUACUGAGGAAUCCACUGAAUGCAGACCCUAAUGGGUUAAAUACAGGAAAGUACUCAGCUUGGAUUAAGUCAGUAAUCACUUUAGCAGGUUAACCAGACAGUUACCUUUUGAAAACUUCCUUUGAAAGGAUUGCAUUUUCCUUCUUUUAUAUCAAAUUACCUGCUUCUUGGAACAGUGCACAGUGGUGAAUUUAAUUAAGCUAUAGUCUGACCACUUAUGUUACAUUCAUCCUAACAGGAAACUGUCAAACUUUCUCAUUUUCCCCCUCACUCUGAGUAGUAUCUGUCAUUUCUGCUCCUUGAAGCUGCCUCAGUUCAAAAGGUUGCUCUUCUCUUCCACAUCUCCACAAAAGAAUCUUUUCCUCUCGCAGUCUUAUCACAAAAAAGUUUUCCAUGCUUCCAGCUGCACCUCUGCCCACACACACAUGCAAAUCUAAACUCACACCUGUCCGAGAAUGACAGUACGAACUAAUGAUCAUUGGCUAUGAUGCGGUGGUGACACAAAGACACAAACAAAGCAGCCACAUCUGCCGCACACGUGGAUUUUUUGAUGAUCAAGGACGCCACCUGAGUCUCUCAUUCAUUUAUUUACCCUCCCCUCUUCCUCCCCCUGCCUUCCUCUCCCUUUUCCCGUCAAUUAUAUUCACUUCACAAGUGCUCUGCUGGCGGGACCUCGGGGUGCUGUUGCCAAGGCGCUUUUGAUUUAAUAUCUGUCGUGCAUAGGGAAAUUUUUUUUUUAAAAAGAGCGGAAAACAACAACAACAACAUGCCUUAAGGUUCACAUAGAGCCUCGCAGCAGGAGAGGGGGGGCAUUUGUCCCCGCUGGGCAGAUUAGAUGUGUGCACCCAGUGGGUGCUCGGGGACCCACCGGCACUCCAUCGUCUGGGGGAUGAGACACAGCUUGAAUACAUAAAUGAAUGAUCCAUUUUCUGUCCCCCUGCUCCGCUCUGAAUCUCUCUCUGGAUUGGAAGGAGAUGUUCUCUGACUGCUGGGCCCUCUUGACUCCUCAGCACUCGCUCUCCAUCACUGUCUCCCUCCUGUUUUUUCUCCAACUUUUCUAACUCGUGAGUGGCUCAGAGGGCAGAUGGAGAAACAGAACUUUGAGCCAGAUGGAGCAAGAUUACAGUAAGACACAGUCGAUGUCACUUUAUAAAACUAUGACAAGAGUUAGCUGUGAAACAAGACUAUUCCACUUUUGAAUAUGAACAUUUCAAUUCAGAACUCAUAAUUCACUCAUUAGUCGUUCAGCACUCCAGCUGUUUGUCUUAAAUCUGACACAGCAGUCGUGCUCUCAAUCACUCCUGAUGAUGGCGACAGCUUCUCCUUGAUUUUAAACAGCAACCACACAGAACAUUAUUGCUCAAAUCUGAUAAUGGUUGUCACUCCCUGAAAUAUCCACAACUUUGAGUGUAAUUUAUCCACAAAGAAAGGAACGUUUGUGAGAGGUGCAGCAUCACCCACACUUUUACAAACUGUCUUAGUAGGAAAAAGUCACUAGAGUAGUAGUCCAAAGGUUUUGAGCAGAGACGUGUCAAACUAUCCAACUAUUCAGCAUACUGGGAAAAACUAAGCUAUAGCAAAACGUUUGGUUACCUGCUCUAUAUGUAGAGCACCAUGGGAUAACGUGUUGUGACUUGGAACUCUAAAUCAAGAUCUAUUGAUUGGUUAAACUUAGAGCAGCAAAAUACAGUGUUUUAAACUUUUACAUCAUCCUUCCCAGUUUUUAUAUUAACUCAAAUACCAAGCCAGGUUUUUCAAACUUGAAAUGUAUCUGCAUAAAAUGGGAUUGUCUUAUAUUCAUGGUUUGGUGAUCAAAUGUCUAUUUUUGCUACUUCAGAUGGUGCCACCUUUCUGUGAAAAUAGGGGUUUCAUGCAUACCUAUUUUUUACUAGUUGCCAACUUUUUCAAAGUAGUGCACAAAUAGUAGGUUUGUGAGAGAGAUGCAGAAAGAAUGGUAACGGUGCUCAAUGGAAAUUGUGUUCUGUGAUGCAAAAAUCUCAAGGUAUCCACAGAGAGGUUUUGAACAGUUUGGCUAGUUGACAUUUGCUUACAGCACUGACUACAGGUUCAAGUCAUCAGCUAGUGGAUUAGUUGUUGGAUUCCAACUAUGAAGCAAGUGUGCCCUUUCUUCUUCGUAAUGUGUUGGGCUAGUCAUUGCACAACUAUUUAUCAUUUUGCUCUGUUUGGAUUUGUAGCAGAGACUUUCUCAGCUGCUUUAUUCAAAAGUGUGGAAAGGGUUUCUGCAGGGGCUUCUUUAGUCAACUCACAUGCUGAAUGAGACGAACAUCGAUCAGAAACACCCCUUUGGCUGUUGCUACUUUCACCGCCUCUAGAUUUCCAUCCAAAACGUUUAUUCCUCACACGGUUUCAACGAUUAAUUCAAUCCAUGAUGAAGAAUCUGAUCCAGCUGUCUUUUUUUCUCGAUCUCAGGGUUCUUCAUAACUACAUGCUGUGGCGCAUUGUGGCGGCCCUCAGUGAACACUUGUCCACCGCCUUCAGGAGCACCAUCCACGAAUUUUCCCGGGAGAUCGACGGCACCGAGCAGCAGCUGGAGCUGGGCCGACUCUGCCUGACUCAGGCCAACAAACACUUCGGCAUGGCUCUGGGAGCUCUGUUUGUCCAACAGCACUUCUCCUCACAGAGCAAAGCCAAGGUACGAGGUCUGGAGAUUUAACACAACAGUCAGGAGACUCUGCCAAGAAAAACAGGGAAUUCAUGGUCAACCCAGAGGCCAGGGCCAACAGAGCAGCAGUAAAACAACUUUACAGUUGUCCAUUCUCAGGCACUUAUUCAUUCUCUGUGGCCAAACAGAACCGAGUAACCAACCAAACGAUGGUAUGACAUGAAAGAUGGAUGGAUGGGUGGCCUGUUUCAGAAUAUUCAGUACGUUAUUUAUUAAACUGGGACAAGAGAUCAUGAGUCAUCAAAACGCACCUGCAAUAUAAUGCAAAAUAUGGACUCAAUUGUUAUAAAUAUUGUGUGUUGAACUCAGGUUUUGCAGGAUAAGGACAAUCAAAUUUAAGAUCCUAGAUUACAAAGAGAAAAUCACCUAAUUUCAGUCAUUUACCUCCUCUGGGUUUGUGCAAUACAUUUGCAGCACUUGCGUCUUGGUUGCAGGAUACAUGCUCAUAGUCUUUGUAUUGGGAGUACAUGGAGUUCCAGAAAUAUAUGAGGAGAUGGAUGUUCAGAAAUGGUAGUUGGCAACUUUGUCCUUUGUCGUGAUUAGCACUGGGCAUGUAAUGUACAGAGGGUUUAUGAGAGUUUUGGUUGAAAUUUGAAAAGUGGGAUCUUCUAGAAAUGCACAUGCUAUGAACGGUAUUUUCACAGAAUCAAUAUUCCAUUUCCAUAUUAAGUUAAUUGGAGAAAGCAGCUUCAAGCAGUCAAGCAUGUACAGUGCAGGAGCAGCAACCUCAAUGUUAAAAGAGUUUUGAGGCUGUGUACAAGCUUAUCAACACAUUUUGAUGGUUAACUACUUAGAGUAAACUGAAAAUAGAGGAAAGAUGACUUAUCAUCUGUGCACAUUUAAAUUUGGUGCCAGCAGCACAUCCUAAAACAGCCUGGAAAGGAGCAUCUUCAUCAUUUUGUCGCAUUACCUCUUCUAGUACCAACACCUUCUAAAUUUUGGAAAACUAAAUGCUGACAUUAUGUCAAAUUCUUGCCUAUACAGCUGCUCAACAGUUUAGAGACUCCAUUUUUGCAUGUCUUGUUUUAUUAUGCACCAAAUUGUUACAAUGGAUGACAAGUUGUGAAUACAAACAGACAAUCUUAGCACAAGGACUCUUCCACUACAGAGACAUGCUAUUGUAAUAUGUGUAGAUUGGGGUUUGACAUUGUCUUACUGUAUUGUAAAAAGUCUUUGUCUAGAUGGCAGCAUAUGUCGCUCCAGAGCAUGAAUACUUAUCUGUUUACACAUGUUGAAGGACACUUGGCUUUAGCCCUUAACUUUAUACAACAAACUGAAAGACUCGUGUUUCAAAUCUUUGUCCAAAUCUCCUCAGUUCAGGUCUUGUAAAUUUUAUGUGAUUCUGUUUGCUGUGUUGGCAUAAUUAAUGUGGCUUCCUGCAGAUGUUGACUUAACCACCACUGAUUUUCUUGCACUUAAAAUGUGAGAAGCAUAUUGACUCACAUUGAGUCCUGGUUGGACACAAAAACAGAACACACAACAUGCCGGAGGUCGGGACAAGCUUGUUUUGUCAAAGCAGAAACUGAGCAGAGUUUUUUUUUUUUUUUUUCUUACGGUGCUCGGGCUUUUACUGACAGCGUUUUAUUAACCUAGGUCUUUCCAUCUCUGUGCUGCUAUAGUAAUUAUAUAGUGAUGAGUACAUUUCUGCUGUUUCCUAGGAGUGGAAAUUACAGGGAAAAGUGUAACAGUGUGAAACUCGAACACAGCAAGAAGAAAAAUUCUUUUGACUUUGUUUGACUGCUCUUUCCACAAUCCUCUCCGACAACAAGUUUACCAUUUACAUCACCAUUUGAAAAGUAGAUCCAUGGCAACGCUAGAGCACGUCAGUCAUUUUUGUAGUUUUCCUUCUUUUCUUCUUGAAGCUUGUAGUUUUUUCUCUCUCUGAGAGCAGCAAAGCGGGGUAGUGGAGUAUUUUUGACAUGGAUAGAUGAUUUUGAUUGAUUCGUGUUCUGGGAUUUAGAAAUUCAAUCAAUGUCAGUCACAACCGCCUCUCACUCGCAGCUUUCUUUCUUUUGUUUCCAUUUCACUCUCAGACUGGGUCAGUCUCUGUUAAUCCCCCACCUCUCCCCUUCUCUUUCACCUUAAUCCUCCCCGACACGUAUUGUUAUCUCAGCCUCGUGUCCACUCGAGGACAUGGGGAUGUGGUUCCCAAUGAGAUUUCUAACCUCUCUAACCCUGUGCUCUGUCUUUAAGCCCUCCAUCAUCUCCCUUUCAUCAUUUUCUUUUACACUAGCACGGUCCACCCUCCACGUUUUAUCUUACUCUCAGUUGCCUUUCUUCUUCUUCUCCAUCUUCUCUUGCAAACUUUUAAAUCUCUGCAAAAGCUCACGACUAUGAAGCAUAAAGCAAGUCUAACACAAGUUCUCAGGGCUAAUUACUUUCUAUGUAUCACUCUAUAAUUGAAAUUUAAGUUCCCAUGCUCUUCAUGUUCUGUUGAAGAUCCUGAUCUGAUACUGAAGUUUAAAUUUUUAAAAAUGCUUUGAGCUAGUGGAGCCUCUCUGAUUAAUAUAAGAGCCGAGCAGAUAUUGAAGGAUCAUGGCUACGGUUUGAGAGGUUUUUACAAGAUGAGGUGCGGGCUCGUCUUCAUUAAAAGUAUUGUGUGUGUGUGUGUGUGUGUGUGUGUGUGUGCGUGUGUGUGUGUGUGUGUGUGUGUGUGUGUGUGUGUGUGUUCUGCAGAGUUUCUAAUACCAUCAGUACAAAUCCUUUAAUUUUUACUAUAGAUCAGUUUAUGUAACUCAGCACCUGAUCACUCGCGGGUCGAGACUGUAGGGGUUCAUAUUUCACAAUAUGAUACUAUAGUCCAGGACUCCAGGUCCAAGUUGAGUCUUAAUGCUACGUUCCAGUUACCUCAGUAGUCAGAGCUGGGAAUGACGUUACACCUGAGUUGACGGCGUUCCAGUAAACAAGUCGGAAAACCAAGAUGGAUGCCUACUGUUAGCCGUUGUUAGCUGUUGUUAACAAUUGUCAGCUGUCGUUAGCAGUUGUCAGUUGUUGUUAGCCGUUGUCAACUGUUGUUAGCUAUACCAGUUGUAAACAACACAUAACACAGUAUUUUACUCUUACAAACACCAUAACACCGUGUUCACAGUUAGACGUUGGGCAGUACAACAUAUGAAACACAUUUAAUUUCACAGAAAGAAAAGAGAAGUGCUAAUAAAUAAUACACUACAAGAGCUUUCACUGUUACUCUUUACUGUUGAUGCGCUGCACUGCCAUCUUGGACUAUGACGUCAUCAAGGUGGUGAUGGUGAGGAUCGUCCUACUUUCUGAGUACUUUCGGAGCUUGGAAAUUCCGACUUCCAAGUACAACUGGAACGCAGCAUACGUCCUCGGUGUUCAAGUCUGAGUCACCAGAGAAGAAUGUGACUCGAAUCCCCAUCACUCCUCAUUACAUGUGAUCAAGUUCAAAUGCCAAGUGCCAGGUCCUCGGUGUUCAAGUCUGAGAUACCAGGGAAGAAUCACAGUAGAGUCAUGAAUAUUCAAGUCAGAUUAUCCACCAGAGAGGAAUUCAUGUUGAGCCUGGGUGGAGUCCUUAUAAAGUGUAGUUGGAUCCAAGUUGGCUUUCAGAUCCUCAGUGAUCAAAACCGAGUCAAGUACAAAUCACAAGAGAAGCAUUCAUGUUAAGUCUGAGGUGAGUUUACAUGAUUUUCAGUUGAGUCCAAGUGGACUUGAAAGGAUUCAGUGUAAAUCCUAGUCAAACCAGAGUCACCUGCAAAGGGUUAGAAACGAGUCCCAGUCUAGUCCACAUUACUUAUGACAGUUGAGUCCAAGUCAAGUCUCAAGUCCUCAGUUGGAGUCACAAGAGAAGAAUUAGAAUCACGUCUGAGUCAAAUCCUUCGUACUUGCGGGUUGAGAACAAGUCAGGCGAGUCACAAGAGGAUAAUUUGAGUCAAGUCCAAGUAGACUCUUCAUUCCUUGUGCUCAAGUUAGUGUUAAGGCUCAUGUCUGACUGGGCGAUUUGGCCAAAAAGAUGAUCACGAUAUACUUUGUCAUAUUGUCCGAUCUCGAUUAUUAUCACGAUUAUUUUUAAACUGCCAGUUUUAAAGCAUCUGUACUUAAAACAAAAAAAUAAAUAGAUAAAUACUAAAUAAGAUGUUAAAUAACUUUUCUUCUCAACAAUAACAUCUUUGGAGGAUGAUUCAAAGUCAUGGCUGAUAUCUAUGCUGCUCUCAGCUCCACGUUCGGUUACUCUGUUUACUUGUCCAGCAACUUAUAGAAGUGAGCAGGAAAAGCUUGACUCUGAUUGGCUGUUGUAAUGCACAGUUUCGCCAAGUUUGAUCGAGUAAAUAAGCUAACAGCUAUACCGUGAUCGGACUGAAAUUUAUCACGAUCAUUAAUCCCGAUCAUAUCAUCGCCCAGUCAUAGGCUCAUGUCCUCAAUGUAAAGUCUUAAUCACCAUGUGUUAACAGAGCAGAUUUCUACAAUGCCAAGUGUUCAAGUCUAAAUUGAACUGAAGUUAUCAUGAAGACUGCAAAUCUAAAUCGAGUCCUCAUCACUUGUGGUUGACUCUAAGUUGACUCUUAAGUCUUCAAUAUUCAAGUCCAGGUCAGGCCCAUGUCCGUGGAAGAGAAGAGUGCAUUUGAUUCAGCCUGUGAUUAUCACAUCGACAAAGUGAUAGUACUGUGUGUCAUUUGUAAAUGAACUCCACACAUCUCAUAAUGAGGGGCUGCACACUUUCAUCUGCUGCAGUAAAAUAACUUCAGGUGUUGACAAACUCCAAAAACAUCCACAUCCCAACUGUUGUGAAAGCGGGACCGUUUUAGGAAGGGUUGUUCCGUGUCAUUCUGUAGAUCUCAAUCAGUAUGUGAUUAAAGCUGUUCACAGUUUUGUAUAUAUUUGUUAACGUACAGUCUAAAUGUAACUGUCUGGCUUUUUGCUUCCACUUUGAUCAAACUUGGCUCUUUCUCGGUAAUCAUGAAUUGAAUAUACUGAGAGCUGUAAUUCUAUUCCAAGACCAGGAGCACACUGAUCAUCUCAUCUAUUAGUCAAAGACAUCACUUUGUACUACACUGGAUGUCCAUGCAGGUUGGACCGCAUUAUCAACAGGAGAGACUCCAGACACCUUGCCAGAGUUGAAUGUGUGAAGUCUUGACUGACUCACUGAUGCUGCUUCCCUCAGCAUGAGCACAAAUUAAUGAGCUUCAGGAACUGAAGCUGAGAGACAGCCGACAAAGACAGAGCGAGGGAGACCGGCCUUCUUAUUAUCCUCAGUCACCAACCUAGACGAUUCUAAAGGACAAAAAAGCUAGCGCUGUAAGAGUCCUAUGCCAGUUUGUGUUCCUGGCUCCUUUGUCAGAAACGAACAUUGAUUAUGAGCCAAAGAUUUUCUUAUUCCCACUUUAAUCAACUGCACUUGUCUAUAAAUAACUUGGUUUAAGGGAAAGACCAUAGACUGUAUAUACUAUGGACAACUUGGUUCCGCCUCCCUCUUGUAUACUGAUUCGAAGCCAAAAAGCUCUUGUCAACAUGUCAACAUCACAAGCAGGGGGGAGAAAAAUUUAUGUUCUGUGUGAUAAAUUUCUAAAGUUUGUCCACAGCUCCAUAAGCUUUGCUGGCGGAGGCGGGAUUUAUGACCUAUACUGCAGACCAUCAACAGAGGGUGCUGUUCUCGGAGUGGCUUCACCCAGCAAGGAGGCAGACUCUGUCCAUUCUAUAUACAGUCUAUGGGAAAGACCAUGAUCAGAAAAUGAGCUCUGUUUAAAAAAACAAAAUAAUCCUUCUAAAGUUUAGAGGAAGAUCUCAGUUUAGGCUCGAAAUCACUUAAUGAUCAAAUAAAACACUGUUAUUCUCAAACACAUGCUCCAUUUUACUUGGACAGGUUCUGGCCAAGUCAUGAUAAUACAAUGAAUCACAUGAUAAUACAAUAAAUCACAGUCUGGUAUACCAGUCACAGAACUGGUAUAAAAGUACAUGGGAAAAUAGGGUACAGGUUAUAAAAGCAAAGCUCCCAAAAAAAGCUCCCCAAAUGCAUAUAUCAAUUUGAACAAAGACCAUGGGCUCUAUUUUCGUUCGCGCCGGUGAGGCGGCGGAGGGCGGCGAGCCCCGCGCAGUUGUAUUUUCGUCUGGCGGAGCCCAGCGUAAGGCCAAUUUGGUAUUUUCGUGGCAUGAGCCGCACGGAGGCGAGCCGAGAUCCGCCAAGCUGGGCGUGGUGGUGUGGCAGGGGGAGGUGUCGACAGAAUCAGCUGGCGCAGUGACAUUUUCGUGCUCGCCAAUGGCGUGUAAAGUGCGCUGAAAGCUCUCCGAUUCAAACCUGGUCAGCUUUCAGUGCAAGGCGGAACGCAGCUGGUCUUGUAGUAUUUUGGUAGACCGGCGGCGUAUCGACAUACGUCACUGAUGCCUCACCGGCAGGUUUCCACAGUGUCAGGCACAUUUCAGUGCAAUAAAUAAUCAUCAUCAACUAUUAAUCUGAGUCAGCACAUACAUUUAGAUCUAUAUCGAUAUAUUCUGAUCUAUAUCUGAUCUGAUGAGCGCGUUUGGCACGCGUUUGGACACACAACCUGACCGAAUCAACACAGCUGAAACCACAUUAAAUUAAAUUAAAUAUCUAGUAAAUAAACACACAUGAUGAAGUUAACAAGAUAUGUAAUUCGUCUCCCUCCUUUUCUUUCUUCCUCUUCCUCUUAUUUCUCGCACAGCUCGACCUGGACACGUCUCCGUGUCCUCUGUCCGUCUUGCUUGCUGCUGCGGCUGAACAGAUGAUUUGUUUCAGUGCUCAGAUGCGUUAUCUACUUUAAGCCGACAUACGGAUAUUAUAAUAUUCAGUUUUGUGAGCCAAAUUUAUUUUAUAUGCCAACAUCUAUGAAAGAAAGAGCCAGGCCACGGAGCGCAAUGCGUCAUUUACGCACAGAUGGUUCCGAUUUUAAUGCCUUUUUGGAGUUUAUGUUGUGAUCUGUGCGCUCAACCCACCUUUGUCACGUGAGGUUUGAAUAUAUGCAACUUUAUGUGAGUGUCUUUAUUUGUGGAAAAGGGUGUUUGUCUUACCAGUGGGUCCAACAUUACGCACACCAAAUCCAUCUGUGCUCAGAUGAGAGAGUGUGGAGGACACUUGUUGAGCAGCUGCCCUCUGUCGCCAUCGUGUGGCAUAACUGUCUUCAGACAUCUCUUGAUCUCUUUGACUACUUCAUGAAAAUAGUAAUACGCCUCGCCUGUGGCGGAUUUAAAGGCGAGGAGAGGAGCUAAUGUGAUUGGUGAAAACAGGUCUCGGCUGUGUUAAACCCCUAUACGCCCUCUCGCCUCCCCUUCUAUGAUUUAUGCUGCCGGGAGGAGCUGAGUUAGGGAGGGGGGAUACUUACACCGGGCUGCGCGGCUCACCAAAAUACCAAAAUGUGCUUGGGAACGCCUUGUCAGCGCGGCGGAUCUGAUUGACGCUGCGCUUGCGGCAGAUCUCCGGCGAAGCACCAAAAUAGAGCCCCAUGAGUCAAAUUAACUCGAAGUUUUGAUUAACCUGACCCUUGAAAAGAGUUGUUGAGUCAACCCAAAAUUUUGGUUAAUUUGAAUAGCCCAACAAUCUGGGUCAAAAUAACCCAAUAAGUAGUCUGUCCCUUUUCAACCCUGGUAUUUGGGUCAAAAACAACCCAGGUUGGGUUGUUUUUGACCCAGGGGUUUUUAGAGUGCAACAACACUGGAGGAGACUCUCGACUAUGGAAGUGGGUUGCACAGGGUUGCAUGCAGGUUGCACAGUAUUUGCUUUGGAGACACUUAAGCUCUGGAACAGUCCACUGGUCAGUGUGCUGAAGCUGAUUCUUACAAGAGAGGAUUAGGGCCACUGGGGGAAAAGGUCCAAACUACUGUCUGUACUUUUUUAUUAUUACUCUGAGAGAAAAGUCAGAAUUGUGAGAUUAAAGUCGGAAUUCUGAGUUUUUUUCUCAGAAUUCUGUUAUCUUUCUCAGAAUUUUGACUCGUAACAAUAAAUAUAUAAUUGACUUUUUUUUCCACUGACCCUAAUUUUAUACCUCUACUUUAACACCUGAAACACAUUUUUACAGUCUCUCUUCUUUUGCUGAAAGUAGCAACACUCAUUACCAAUAGUUUAAAAAGUCUAUUUUAUAUUAAAUUUUGUGACAACGUUUUUAUACUAAAACACACCUGGAGGAAUAUCUCCAAACUUAACGGCUCUGAAAGAUGUGGGGAAUCUGGGCAACAAAAAGGAAAAGUCAUAAUCUCUAGGGAAACAGAAAUGACUCUAAAGUAGAAAUCACUGCAUGGAUUCAAAUUCCUUCUCAAGUGACAAUAUUUGAGAACAUAGUUUAGCCCUGUGUCCACAAAUAACAAAUAAUAAAAACCAUAACAUGCAGAGAGGAGACCAUGUAAAAACAUAUACAGGUUUCUGAGCAACAUCUGCUGCUGCCCCAACAAUGACUUUUUAGGGCAGGAAAAGUUUUUUGGAAAACAGGGCCAAACUAUAUUUGACAACAGCAUGGCUUUGCCUGGAGUUAUAAUUAUCAGACACACCAAAAAAUAUUGGGAAUUAUGAAAUGAGAAGUGCCACUUGGAUUAGAAAAAAUCAAAUAUUGGUAAAUCUCCAGUAUGUGAAUGUUAACAACACCAAAUCUUACAGCUCAGUGCAAAGUAAAUAAAGGGGUAAAAAGUGAGGAAACGAUGACUGAGGGACAGUAUUUACACUGCAUGAAAAAAAAGGGGCAAAAUGUUGGUUCAGGGCCUUUUAAACUUCUUACAAUAUGAUUUGAUCUUCUUCCAGGUACAGGAGCUGGUAGAGGACAUAAAACACUCCCUGGACCUCCGGCUGCAGGAGCUGGACUGGAUGGAUGAUGCCACCAAGGAGGCUGCCAGAGCAAAGGUUCAGAGCCUCACUCAGCCUCUGCAUCGCAAACACGAGUCCCAGCCAGAUCCGAUUAGUGUUUGCAAAGGAUUUAAUUAUUUCUUUGCAAACUCCUUUCUUUCCGGGGGUUUGAUUGAUUGCUUGGUUAGAUGGAAGUGUGCAAUAGAAUACAUCAAGGGCUUGACAUUGAGGAGUGUGGAUUGCCUAAUCCAGAUCUCUCUGUGGUGCUGAUUUAGGGUCUGCGCUGCAAGAUAUCCCCUUUAAUACUUUUACAAUCUGAAGUUAUAAUCCUUUUAGAGGGCCAUGCUGCAUAUAAAGAGCUUCCCUGUAAUCCUAUUACAUUGGGUUUGCUUGAUUAGUUGAUGCGUGUGUGUGUGUGUGUGUGUGAGUGUACUGCAUGUGUCCUAAAACAAGUGUGUAUGGGAGGUUAUUAGCUACUGUGAGUGGAUGUGAGACAACGCAGGCCCAGUUUUUUCUCCUCUUCUUCAUCACUCCCCUCUCUUCCUCUCUUCUAGUUAAAGCACAUGAUGGUGAUGACAGGAUAUCCAGAUUUCCUGCUCAAACCUGAGCUCAUCGAUAAUGAAUAUGGGGUGAGUCAUGAGCUUCCAGUCAGCCUCAUAACAUACCAGCACUCACCCGCCACACCAUCACAUUCAUUUCCCAGCAUGCUUUUCCCUGCGUCUCCAUCUCUCAAUGAUUUUCCGCUCGACAUUGCCCUUCAUCCUGGUUCAUUGUGCUCAGACAGAGCAAAAAAAUGCAUCAUGCACAGGAGUAAAUGAAGCACAGACACACUGAUGAGAGUGUUCGGAUAAACAAUACACUUUAAAUCAGUUAACACAAACAGGAGGUGUGAGUGGAAGCAGCUCAGCCGUCACAAAUAUGCCAUUAAGAGUUGGUUGAUGGAAAAGUAGAGUGAGCAGCUGGAUAAACUGAUAUAUGUGCUGCUAGGAUGGGUUUCUGUACAAAUACUGGUUGAAAGGAUUAAAGUACAUAUAAAGGAAGUCAUCAGGUCAGUUGUGUCUCAAAGGUGGGGCUAAAAUAGGGCGCUGCAAUAUUCCAGCACAGAGCAAAAGUCAAACUUUAACUACAAGCUCAAAUCAGCACUGAACUAUGGUACAACUUAUGGGACUCUUGUGUUCACACGGGACAAGAAUUAAAACAGUUUGUUUGCUUAAUUCGUGGGUUUCUUAACACAUGCUCAAGAUUUGGUUAAAGUUUGAUUUGUGUCAAUUUGAGCGCCUCCUGUGGACAAAACAAUUAUGGCAGAUCUUGCCCUCGUAUUACCUAAACAGUGUAUUGUGACAAAAAUGUCAUCCUGCUGAAUGAAGACAGUUAAAUGUGUUCGUUUUGGAUCAUUUAAAGGGGAAACUUAAAAACAGGGCUGUUUCUUUAGCUGCUUGGGUGACACCUACCCUCCAUUACUGGAUUUAGGUAAAAAAUGUAGAGUUUGGAAAUCUUCAAUCAUGUCACUUAUGCUGUAGUUUCAUUUUGGAGAUCAUAAAGUCAACAGAUGAGGAAGAGGAAGAAGAAGAUUGAUCCAUAUGAACUUCACUCCAAAAUAACCUUCCUCAUUGGACCUUUAAAUAUCAGGACAUUAGGGAUUAAUUACUCUGAUUUUUCCCCUAUCACCCACAUUAUUGACCCAGUUGACAUCAGAGAACAGUAGCCUAUCAUUAACAGCAAAUUUCCCCUCAUCCUCUGCCAUAAAUGAAAAAAUAUGCUCAUGCAUUUGCACAGAAUGUGAUAAAGCAGACAUCUGGCUCAGCUGACACACAGUAACAAAAAAAACACAAUAAGGGUAGAUUAUGUUUCCACUGGAUGGUGAUGAUGCAAUUCUAACAGUUUUGUUAGAAAUGAGUAACCAAGUGUUCAAGUCGUGUCAAAUAAACUUCAGCAAGAAAGUUUGAAAUUCAUCAAGUCGAUGGCUCCAGUUGGUGAGUGUGAGACAAGCUGUAAAAAGACAGAAAAAAAACAUUUUGUGGGUGUACUUAAAUUUGCUGGCUGUCAGGUUGGGAUUGAUAACUUAAAUUUAAACCACAUUACUGAGAUGGAAAUUUUAUGUAAGUUAAGUGUUUCUUCUUUAUCCAGAAACAGCUGGUAGAUUUUUUCACCUCAGAGCCACCAGACUGCAAGAAAGACAGAAGAAAAAAGGGGGUUGUUGCUUUACCAUUGCCUUAGUUUAUUUGAGCUGGUCCGUGACUUUUUUUUUUUUUUGUUUUUUUUUCAGCUUCAAUUCCAAAAAAGACAAUAUGAGAAACAAACCAACCAGAAAAGACCAGCAUGUUUAUGCUCUUGGGUAAAAUGACUGGAUUUGUCAGUGAAGUCUGAUAGCUUUGAAGGGAACAGCGUGCCUCUGAUUAAAAAAGGAUUUAAAUUGUGAACAAAAAAGCCUUUUUUUUCUUUUUUCAAUCAUUUCUUUUAAUUAGUGAAACAUUUGAACAACAAUAAACAUCCUCAUCCUGUUUCACGUUGCUGUGCAGUGUGCUCUCGAUUUUCAUCUGAGCUGUCAGCAUCUCCUGACAGAGCUCGAACCUAUCCACAUGUUUUUUACUGUAGGUGCUAAACUUUAGCGGCAAGUCAAAAACAGUCGUACCCUGUCACAGCCCCAGUCCCUCUCUACAGUAUGGAAAUAUGCCUCUUUAUGCUGAGUUCAGAUAGCCACCACCGGACUAAUUUAACCCUUGAUUAUGAUAAUAUAGUCAUGUCAAAGUAGCACAUUAUGGUUCAUUUGAAUAUGUGCAGAGCAGACUAAACCACAUAGGUUUUUUAUAUAAAAAUCAGACUUUUUGCAUGUACUUCGAAUUAAACCAUGUCUUUUUCGUCAUUUGCAAAAAGCUGCACAGACCUUCUGUGAUUCAGACCCUGAAGUGACCCCCCCACAUGAUCUCUCCAUAUUCAUAUUAUCUUACAGUUCGAUGUCGAUGAGAAGACGUAUUUCAAGAACAUCCUCAACAGCAUCAAUUUCAACAUCAAGACGUCGGUCAAGAAGAUCCAUGAAGAAGUAGACAAAAAGACGUGAGUGUCACAUCUCUUCAUGAGCCGCUAUCUGCCAGCUCAGCUGACUGGCAUGCGGUGCAAAACAAUUAAAGAAGGUUAAUGUAUCUGAAAUCUGGUCUGAGCUGGAGCAGCUGGGGCUCACACUGGGUGCUGCAGUUUCGCCACUGUGAGUGUUUGUGCAUCUUAAAUGUUUGACAUGCCUAACAUGUGUCCUACGAAUCCUUUUCUGGUCUGUCAUAUUUGUUGAUGCGCCGCUGAAUUAAACCAACAGAUAGCAAAUCGACGCAGGCAGCUCGGAAAAAUCCAUUUGAUUUACUUAUCUGUGGCAGCCAGGCAGCAGCAAAGUGCUGUGGGACAUGUGGGCCCUGCAUGUUGGGAUGGAGUGUCUCUCUGCUGUGACAACACAUUACAGUCACAUUAGUAUUCAAAGGUGCCCAAAACAACUGUAUCAUUAGCCCACACGCAUCGCCCGAAGAGUCAAAUCACACAAUCCUCCUUUAUCGCCAACAAGUGAACCUAUCAUCACUCACUCUGUCGUGUCGCAGGCAAAUAAAUAAAGAACGAAACACUUCUCCUCCCUCCGUCUCUCUGCAGUCUAUCAGUCUUUCACUCCUGGAACAACAAGGGCAUCUUGCACUUUCAGAGUCGCUCAUUCCAGGAGAUUUUGUGCCGAUCGAUUGGUCCAGCUUUGAGUGGAUUACCAUAAAGGAACUGUUCGCAGUUUUAUAUGCAAAGGGAACAUAUUUUAGCUGUGGGACCACACACACUGAAUAUUUCUCACUGGGGGGGGGGGGGGGGGGGGGUUUAGGGGGAGCGAUAGCAGAGGUGUUUGGGAUUCUGCUCAGGGCUAAAGUGUGUUUCGAGUAGGCAGAUUGGUGAUUGGAGUAUGUGUGUGUGAGGAAUCCUGUUAUUAAAACACUGUUUGUCUGACUGUUUUUCUCCUCAGGUGGCUGCUCCCUCCUCAGGCCCUUAAUGCCUACUACCUCCCUAACAAGAACCAAAUGGGUGAGUGCGUGACUCCUCAUCACACAUACUGAUAUUUUACUGUCAUCUCCGAACACGCACUUAAUCUUCCCCCCAUUGCCAUUCUGCACUACGACCCGGACUGCGCAUUAGUAACACACAAUUACAUCGUGUUUACAACAAGUCAAACACGACGGACGCCCAGAGAUAAAGCAUCCAAACAUCCUCAUAUCAUAUUCCCUGUCAUCCCUCACUUUCUACUUCCAUCUCCACCUCACAUACUUAAUACCCCCCCGGAGGAAAAACAAGCAGGAUCACCUUCUCUACUUUUUAACAAAUCCAGCCCUCCUCCUCCUCCUCCUCCUCCUCCUCCCCUUACCCUCACCCUGGAUCGGCCUGCUGUCUGUGUCUGCCUGCCUGCCUUCUGGAUUAAAUCUCUCACAGAAAAAUCAAUGCUGUGCUCUCGAGCUGAUGCUAGAGGACAGUAGGAGUCAGACGAGCACAAUCGCCUGAGCGCGGGUUGUGUUUUUUGACCCGCACACUAUUUAUCUCACUUAACCCUGAUGUAACAGGACUCAACAGCCCAGUGUUCAUCUUUACACACCAUCUUACUAUUGGAAUCUAGUUAACGUUUCAGAGAUAAAUUGUGCUCCCACCUUUUUGGCUUCUUUAGUUUCAUGUUUAAAAGUCAAGUUUUGCUCAAAGACUGACAGAUGGGUACUGGAAUUAUCUAUUCACGAACACAAAGAUAUGAACUAAUGACAGAUAGUGGUCUAUCUGUGGUCUAUGUGGUCUAGAGUUUACAAGUAAUGAUCAUUAUUUUUCACCUGGGACAACAAAAUAUUAAAGUUUUAGGAAUUUCUGUAUUUGAAGAUAUUUUAAGUCUUUGAGAUGUAAAGAACUUUUCAUUGUGACUUUUUUUAGGACCACUUUUUGAUCAUAUGUGAUGCAUGUGUCUCUGUAAUGAACAGACCCUGUUAUUUCACUUAUUCAGUAUUUUUUACAAUCCAGUCUUGUCUCUCUUCAGAGAUGCCCUCUUAAAUGUUCCUGUGGUAAAUUUGGCAAAUGCAUGAAAAUUGCUCAAAUAGCCAACCUUGUGAUGAUGGAAGAUAAACAAGCACCUUUGGUUGAUUUUACAAUGUAUCAAAUGUACAGAAGUUCCCUUUACUUGCCCCCUCCUCAGUAUAAGUGGAAAAAUGCUCAGUGUACUGAACAUGGACCAAGUGCCCUCUUUUUGAUAUCCAGGUAUACAGCACUUUAAAGAAUGCUCCUGGAUGCCCGUCUAGUAUAAUUAUGAUGAACAUACAGUAAGUGCCCCUGAGACUCAAGGAAACCAUGCCAUCCAGAUGACCCUCUAGUGUGUAGAAAAAGUGCUCCUAGAUCCUUUUUCAGUGUAUAAAACAUAAAGAAAGUUCCCUCUGUAUGCAUUUCCAUUGGAUAUAACGUUGUAAGGUGUCCUCUGUAUGCCCUUCCACACACAGUAGAAAAUAUGCCCUGUGGAUGCCCCUCCAGUGUACAAGCAUGGAAAAAAUGCACCUCAAUGCUCUUUCAAUAUAUAAAAUGUGUACUCCAGUACUCCAGAAAGGCUUUUUCUUGGUGUCAAAUCUAUUAUUUCUAUCAUUUCAUUUUAUUGAAACUGUUCAGCUUUGAAAUUGCCAUAUAAAAUCCUUUUUUCACCCCUGCCUCCCAAACUUCUUGGGUUUACCUCUGACUCCAGACAUAAAAAAUAACUCCUGAUGGUUUCAUGUGCUUUUUCACAAAGGGUAUGAGCACAUGAGCGCAAGUUUGAGCUUUUACUGUCAUCGACAUAGUUCUUCUUACAUCUGGAUGCAGGAUGAAUUAAAACACAAACACGGUGGUCAGCUGCUGUUUAGGAGGCUGGUUUGUAUUUAACUUUGACUUUUAACUCGCAGAGAAAUAUCUUUGGAUAAAGAGAGACUCUGUUAUUUUCCUCUCUAGCAGCUGUGCUUACAGAUUUAAGAUGGUUGUUUUUCUAUUUAGUUCACAUGGACAUCCUAAAUCAUGCAGCUUUGAGACAUCUUUGGUUUUAAAUUCCAUCUAACUGUCUUUUUCCCUACAGAAGAGACUGCAUCCGUGUGCUGGAUUUGUUCGAACCUUUUCCUCUUUCUCUGAGACCAGACUGUGUUUUUUGUAGAUGUGAUAUUUCUGCUUUUUCACAUUGUCUCUUCAUCUCUAUUUCAGUGUUUCCUGCCGGCAUCCUUCAGCCCACUCUCUACAACCCUGAGUUCCCACAGUAAGUAGCCCUCCUCCUGUCCCUACCUCUCCCUGCUGCCUCCCUAUGGGCGGCAGCAGCAUCCCCACCGCCGCAACAACAAAGGUCAUUACAGGCUCAGUUAGGCUGGCAAGCUUGUGCUUCCCUCACGUCCCAGCACGCCUGAUUAAACCAAUUUAACUACCCACCAAGAGCUCAAUUACUGAACAAGGUCCUGCUAAUGGAACAGGUGUCAUUCAGAGGUUGCUUCCUCAAAUUUGAGUCCGUCGAGUAAUUUGAUGGAGCGUGCAGGCAGAGAGCCUCUCUGUCUGUGUCUAUCUGUCUCUCACUUCUGGCUCUCCAGAAGUUUUUUCCUGUUGAUGAAUUCGUGCAGCAGAGUUAGAAAACUGUUCUCAACUUUAAAUUAGUCUCACAUUAAACUCAGAGUUUGUGUUUUCCAAAUACAAGUUGUUUUUUUAUCUCCAGUCACGAUUCAUUUGAAUAAAAGGCAAAACAUCAUUUUAUGGUGAUAAUCUGGUAUCUCUCAAAAAACACACAAGAGCUGACAGAGCUGACACCAGGACAAAACCCACUGUUUCAAAAGCUGUUGUUAUUUUAAUCUUAUCAAGAUUUGAGUUUGUGCAUUAUCACUACUGAAUACUUUAUAGGAAAAUAUCAUUCAGCGAUGUCUCACUGAUAUCAUGGCUCAGCUGCUUGCGCCUGCAGCCCUGGGGUGGUUAGAUCAGAAAUUUACAUCUUGAUUUUAUUUCCUAAAUUUGACAAGGUGGAUUAAGAAGCUAAAUAUUUCAACUUUCAAUCACCAGAAAAUAUGGAUUUUUUUUGUAAAAUGUUUUAGAGUAUAGUCUAUGAGGAACUUCAAACAUCACUACGUCGAAUCAGAUCACUUUCAUGUGCUACAAAUCAGGCUGAUUGUAAUUUCUAACAUCGACUAUUCAGAAGUAAUUACCUUUCAAAACUAAGUAUCCGAUAUUGCUUCAUUAUGACCACCUGUGCAGCUGAAUGUAAUCCAAUAUAAAAACUCCACCACUGAAGGAUGUGCAUGAUAUUUUUUUCACUUCAUUAAAACAUAUGAGAGGAGGAAAAUAUUAGGGACAGAGCACUCCGGUACAGCAGCAGCAUCCGCUACAACUCCAUUGAUAAAUACAAAUACAUUUAUCACCAUUCUGACUAUGUCAACAAAAACGAACAGACUGAAGCCUUGUUUAAGAAAGAUUUAUAGCAGAGCUGCUGUAUUAGAUUCACAGGUGAUCAUUAUGUUAAGGCUGAUGGGUGUAAAUCUUCAUGGCGAUUAUUUGAUUUUAUUCAUGAAUUUGAGAGUUUAAAUGAAUUUUUUCACACAAGCCAUAAAGACAACUUUUCAUGUGAUGUGGAAAAGAGAAGAAGAACUCCAGGGUCUGUCACAUACAGGUGCUUUUUGUUUUCUGGUAGAGUUUUAGGAAGUCGACAUGGAGACCACACUAAACAAGACUAAGACACUUGGGGAUCAAAACCAAGUCUAGACCAAGACCGUAUAUAACAUCAGCAUGAUCGUGAUCAAAAAUGUGCCUUCCCCUUUUUCUGAAAACUAACUAGAUUGCACAAACUGUGUUUUUACAACUUGAAUUGAUUUAAAAUAUUUAUUUAUUGUUAGAAAAAACAUGUUGAAUGUGAAUAGCUGGUUAAAUAAUUAUUGUGUUAUCGUUUGUACCAUCAGCAGGGUCCAAGUUUUUGCACUAAAUAUUUAUUUUCUUGCACUAAAAUAUGACCCUGUUAUAUCAGUGAUUUAUCCAUUGUUUAAAUACUGUACAAACCUGUUGACUCUCCGUGUAUCUCUUCAGAACUUGCAGAGCUUUUGCUGUACACAAGUAGGUCUAACCUACUUUGAGUCACACGCACCUUUCUGAUUUUAAUGUUAAGGUAAUAGUGUUGAUUUCCUAUAAUGUUAACUAAGGGUCCCAGUCAUAUCAGUCUACAUCUCUCCCUUUCUUCAAUAAUGUUCAUUAGCAGUGAAGUCAGGCAGGGUCAUACAUGUUGCACUGCAAUCAAUGCAUUUAACAAGACCUAACAGCCAUUUUACUCUUAGCUGUGCAUGGCAGAAUUUACAUACAGCAGUGUUUCUGUUUGCAAACUUGAUUACAGGUAAGAUUGUGGACAUCUUAGACUGUAACACAGAGAGGGUUUCAGCUGUAUCAAACUACAGAUGAUCUGAAAUAAUCAGUUGCAUUAGGAAGACGCAUACUCCCUCUCAUGUCAAUGACACAGACAGUUAGCAGAGCCCACCAGUGGUGGUCUUGUCACAUGUCAAAAUCAAAUUAAAGUCCUAGUGGCUGUCUGGAAGGUAGAAAAUCAAUUGUAAAGUUUUAGUGUGGUGUGAAAAACAUCAGCAGGUAAACUGAUACCCUGCAGCACUGAGGGAUGUGCAUGUAAACAAAUAUUUUCCAGUAGGAAUGCUCUUUAAUAAGCAAAGAUAUUCACCUACUGCUGCCAGCGUUAAGUGUGGAUCGAGCCAAUACAUACAGCUAAGUACAAAUUGCUGCACCCCCUGCAUUCACACGAACUCCUCUGAGUAAUUACACACACGUUCAUGAAACACACACACACACACAUACACCUCUGUUUGCUGUAUGUGUACCUAACAAUAGCUUACACUCCUAUGUCUUCAUUAACGGCGAUCUGUAUGAUUUCCACUACCUGCUGCCGUGUGUGCUAAUCAAUAUUAAUUAAUGAUGUAGUUGUGUGUGUGUGUGUGUGUGUGUGUGUGUGUGUGUGUGUGUGUGUGUGUGUACGUGUACCUGUCCUCUUGAAGUUAUUACUGCAGUAGCCCUAACCCCCUCCACUAUCAGGCUGAGUAUAAUGAAGCUUCAAUCAGCCAGUUAGUUCAGCGGGGGGAGUCGUGCCCAGUGUGAGGCCGUGUAUCGACUAGCUGUCAGAAAGUCAUUUUCAGACGUAGCCAUGUGAAUAGCCCCGAGUCUGCCCUCUCAUCGCUCUCUAUAUCUGCAUGUGUCGCAAAGACAACGCGCCAGCUCGGACAAGGGUCAAGGAGAGGUAGAGCAAGAGGCCUGAGGUAAGAGUAUAUGAGAGUCGUGAGCAAAAAGAUGCUAAGACAAUCAAGAAGAAAAGAAAGGAGAUUGAGAGAAAAGUGCGACUGGGAAGAUGAGGAAAAGCGAGUUCAGUAAGGUGGUCUCUUGAGGGUCUAUCGCGUAUCGUGGGACUUAGAUUCUAGGAGCAUUUUCACACAUUGUUUAUUUGGAGUUGUUCCAAAACAACCCCUCUGUUCAGAUUGUUAGGACAUAUGUGAACACGAAAUUGCAUCCCAAAGAGAAACAAACAAGCAUGUCAAGAUUACUCAAAAGAGGUGGUCUCAGCUUGCUCUCAACCCCUGUAGGGGAGACUCAACCCUGCAGGGGUUUGAUUGCAAGUGAGAACAACCCAGCAACCAGGACAAACAGCUUUUAGCCUCAUCACGCUAGUACAGACCAAUCUGGUGCCCUGGGCAAGAUUUUAGCCGGUGCCCCUUAUAUUGAAGCAAAUUCCACCACCAUUCACAAUAUGCACACACUUUAAGAAAACAGGAAACAGCUUUAUGAUUUAUAGUUUCUCUCUAUUUUACAUUAAAAUACCUCUAAACAAAUAUUAAUACAUAUAUAUUCAUAUACAAAUACAAGUUAAAAUAAUGUUACUACAUGAAAUGUCAAAGAACCAAGAGCAGAAAUACUGAGAACUACCUGAUGCUGCAUCGCUCCUCUGUGCAAAGGUGGAGGGAGCAGAGGUGGCAGCCCAGGGGUCCUAGGGGAUUGAUUUAAUGUGUUUGCAUUUGCAGAGAGACAAUGAGCUUUUCUAAAACCAUAGUUACUUUACAAUAUAGUGUAAACAACAAACAAGCAGCUAUGAAACCAAUUUAAUUAUUACAUCUGAGCUGCAUUACAGCCUUUCUUUACAAAUAUACAUAUAUAUGUAUGUGUUCUGUAUGUAUACGUAACAGUCUGAGCCUAAGAGAAUAUAUCAGGAUUUCUAAAGCUCUCUGGAUGUUGAUCUAAUGACUGUGUUGAUGUUAUUGGUGAGUAGAAAAUCGUGACACGGUGGUUGCUGGCUGUAUCCCCGACCCUUUGCCCGCUCUCUAAUCCCUACAUUUCCUGUCUCUUUUCAUCUGUCCUCUCUAUAAAAGGCAAACAUACCCCAAAGUUCAGAUAGAAUGCAGUCUGUGUUGGGGGAGAAACAAAGUUCAAACUCCUGUGGGAUGAUUUCCAUUGCAGUGAGUCAAGUACAGGACCCGCAUUUCAUAGUUAGCUGUGAAGUUUUUUCUGGUACCAUCUGUUUAUGCCAUGUGGAGUUCACAAUCCUGCUGGCUGCUUGUACGGUUGAGCUCAGCUCACUGUGAUAUUCAAAGUUGUGGAGCAGCCUACCUGACCAAAUGGCCGGCAACCUCUUCUGGCCACAACUGAGGACUUUCUUUCAAUCAAAUCAACUCUUCACAGGGUUGAUUUACUCAGUGGUAUUCCACUGUUUAUCUUGUUUGACUAAAUGACAGAUCUCAGUCUUCACUGCACUGCACAGCCAAGUGUGCAAUUUAGGUAGAGUAGUAAUCAGUUUCUUUUAAUGAGUGAAGUCACUCUCUGCUUCCAUUAGAAAGAAUACAGAUUAAACCUCUGCAACAGCCUCACCAAGCUACGACCUUUUAUACAGUCUGUGGUCUGAACAGAAUAAAGGGGCAUCAAGCUUCUUUCAUUUAAUACCAAUCUGAGCCUCAAGGCUCCAAAAUUAGAUCCCAAGUGCAACUUGUGCUUCAUCUGGUCCGGCUGAGCUGAAUUAGCAAUGAGGACAAUAGGACAAAACAAGGGAGAGAAAUCCACUGAGUGGACUUAGAUGACUCUGGGACUCUUAAAACCAAUCUAAAGUCACCCUGCUUUGUUCUGAAGUGGGUAAAUGUGAAAAACAGACCCACCUUGGAGUGCACAUCCAAACACCACAUCCAUUUUUGAUGAGGUAUCACAUAAAACAAAACUGUCAGUAUCUUCAAUAAAAUGAUGAGUGGAAGCUGUUUACAUCAGGCUAAAAAUCUUUAAGGAUCACUAUCUGGGAUGAAAUACACCUACAAAAUACACCUGUCUGAGAGGCUAAACCUUGCUUUUUUGGCAUGCAGACCUGAAGCUGUUCGACAGCUCAACAUGCUUGGUACAAAGGGAAAAUAAUCCACUGUGCAGCAUCUUUGAAGCUCUGCAUUAGUGAGCUCUAUCUUUGUUAUUCUUUGUACAAACGAAGAGUCAGGGUGGCUUUUUUUUCUUUGUUUCAAGCUGAAGCUUAGCAUUCGAUGAGGAGAUAUUAGAGCAGUAUAAAUCCUCUCAACAAAGAAACAAAUAAAUAUGACUGAACAUAAAUAUAAUUCAACAGAAGCCUCUGUUCCCGCAGUAGAAAAGUCAUGAAAGUCAAUGGAAAUUCAAUGGCUAUAGCUAUGACGUAAAUUGUAUAUGUGUAUGUAAUCAAGCCUCCACUUUACUUCAUAUGAAUUAUAAUUGCAUGUAAAAAGCAUUGGCAUAAGUAAAAAAAACAGACCGAUUUAGUUUUCUAUUAUGUUCCAGUGUUUCUCUUCCUCUUCCAGGUCUCUGAACUAUGGAGGUAUAGGAGCCAUAAUCGGACACGAGCUGACGCACGGAUAUGAUGACUGGGGUGAGAAUGACAACCCAUAACUAACUGCAACAAAGCUCAUGCACUCAUACCUAUUUACAGCUUUGACUCCACAAUUUGCACUGAACCAUUCAAACUCACAGUCAGACCAAGUUCCCCCAUCACUUUCAUAAUUGUAUGACAUUUACAUCAUGCUGAAACUCUGCUAAAAGGAUAUUUGAGUCACAAUCUCCAACUUUCAUUUCCAGUCUGAAGUGCUGCCCUUUAAGAUAGACCAGAGUCUGAUCAGGAGAGAGUGAGUUUUGGCCUGUUAGAUACACAGAGGUGGAUUUAUCAGAGGGUUUGUUUGAAUCCAGAGCUAUAGUUCAAGGUAUCACUACAUCUUGGUUGCUUAUUGGCUAACAAUACAGUCUGCUAGGAUUUUUUUAAAUUUCAUUUUGUGGUUGAGUGGUCCUCAGUCCUUCCAUCCUCUUCACUACAGUUCUUUGCAGCAAGCGAGUAUAGUGCUAUUUCAUAGAAUAUAUAGUCUCUAGGUAACCUGGAUGCUGGCUAUCAGCUCUGUCAAGAGACUGAAUACUAGCAUUGUAGUUUGGCGGUAUUAUACUACACAAUAGAAAAGACAUAGCCUUAAAUCCUCAGACAACAGUGUUGUUAGCAAACAAUGUUUUGACCACGACCAAGCUAACAAUAAAGCUACUAAUUUUGAUGAAUUGUACAACAUUAGCUAAAGUGCCAGUUAGAAGGAAAUAGCCAAAUGCUCAAUUUUGCCGCCAUCUAUAGAAUCUUUUGGGUUGAUCAACUUUUUACUUGAAAUGUAGCCCCCUUGAGAUCCACUCUGCAAUUAAGAAUCUGCAGUUUAAAUAUGGCUAAUUUACAAAAAGUGUGAAAAGUGACUCAUUUGGCAGCUCUUUUGACUGUAAAGGAAAGUUGCAGAUUGUAUGUCUUCAUGCUAACAUGGCCCCCCUUCCCCUGCCCUUUUGCCCCUCAUCUUAGUGAUGCAAUGGUUCAUGUCCCUAGGGGGCCAGUAUGACCGCCACGGAAACCUCAGACAGUGGUGGACAGAGGAGUCUUACAGAAAGUUCCAGACAAAGGCUGAAUGUAUCGUCAAGCUCUACGACAACUUCACCGUUUAUAACCAGAGGGUGCGUACAUACCCAAAUGUACAAGCUACAUACCCAAGUUUUUUUUUUUUUUUGCAUGUUAAUUUCUCCUGUAGAGUUUAAGACCUUUGCAUGGACUUUGUUAAGAUUCCCUGGCUUUUUGAUCCUGCCUCUAGUGGACACUUGAGGGACUGCAGUUUGCGUGCUCCUGCGUUAAAUAGUUCCUGACUGCAAACACAGCUGACCUCUGUGAAUGAGCGCAUAGUUUGACCUCUGUAAGCGCAGGCACGGUUGGAAGUUGGACCUCCUCUUGGAUCUGUGCUGUUAUUAGAAAAUAGAGUGAUUCCUUCAUCUAAAGUUCACAAACCUUAACAGUAAAAUGUCAGUAGAUGUUGAGAGUUUGAUAUUUUACCUCACAAAUUACCUCUGAAUGUGCACUGUUUGACUCUGAAGUUUGCCUCUGCUUGCAGUUCUAAUAUUUACCAAAAUAUCUUUCUAAGUUUUUUUAAAAGGACCUGAAGUGAAACUUUUAAUUACCUGUAACAUCUGAGAGCCAAACAAGGUCCAGUUUUCAAAUAUGAAUGCAUCAACAGAGGUCGAGCUGCGUGCUCAUGAAAGUCCGUGUGUCUGCACAUCCAUUCAACGCUGAAGGUUGCUGCUUGAUCCUAAUUUCCUCCGAAACCAACCUGAUUGCUUUUUUUUUGUAUUGCACAGCUCGGCACUUGUGAAAGACUAAAUUUAUGAAUAGUUAAUGAUUGAAGGAUGUUCCCUUUUUAGAGUUACAUCCAUACAACCAUGUAAUAUAUUAUGAUAUACAACAUUAGUAAUAAAAGAUGAUUAUUUCAGACCUGUUCCUGAAAAUUCUUGACGUAAAAUUGAGCUUUUUUUCUCUUUAUGUGUGUAGGUGAAUGGCCGUCUGACAUUGGGGGAGAACAUAGCAGACAUGGGAGGACUGAAGCUGUCAUACUAUGUAAGUAACAUUGGAUAGCAUCGCUGUUCAAAUACUGUGAAUAUGUGGCCCCACUGAAUCUUAAUAUCAGAGUUUAUUUUUAUCAGUAUGUGGCGUCUCUUUCCAUUUUCUGGUUCAAAGAUCCACCCCUUUAUUUUCUUUACUCUUCAUAAAGCACCCAGCUUUGUUUGCAUGGAAGUGAAGAGCAGAGGUGCGCCUGAAUGAGGAGGAAAGAUAAACAUUUUUAUUUCAGUUCUCCAUCUCUGUUUGUGUCAGCAUGGGUGGGUCUGGACAGCAGAGUGUCUGUUAUGCUGCAUUAUUCACUUCCAUACUGAGAGCAUCAGUGGUCUACAUGGAGGCAAGGAGCUUUUGCACACACAGAAACAAAAGUACAAAGAGAAUGAGUGAAUUCUUCAUAAAUAAAUGAUAACAUUAAAAUGCAGCACUGGUGUCACAGUGCCUGUUGGGCAUGUCAGUCAGUGAGACUGAAUGAAGGAGCAUUAAGAGUAAUUCAACACUUUUCAGGAAUGUCUGCAAGAGGAGAAUGUAAAUGUUAUCUUUGAUAUCAGAUCUUUAUUUAUCCUGGUUUGACUGUUGAUAUGAGUCCAGGGUUCAUAAGUUCAUUUGAAUCUCCUGUCUUCAAUUAUUCAUGGCCUCCAUGCACCUCUGCCCUCCUGUCCAGGCAUAUCAGAAGUGGGUUCGAGAACACGGUCCAGAGAGACCUCUGCCCGGCCUCAGAUACACACACGAACAGCUGCUCUUCAUUGCAUUUGCACAGGUACGAAAGCAUCUCAUAUUUUUAGAUUAAGUUUUUUUUUUUUUAAAUUUCAUCCCAGGCUACAACCCAAAAAAACAAUCAACCAGCAUCAGCUCCCUGUGUUCAAUGUUGAAGAUUUGUGUACUUUUAAUUCAGCAUCUCAGUCAUGUUAAAAAUCAGUUUUUAUCGACUUUUAAAAUAUUUCAUUUAGCUUUUAUAAAAUUAUUUCACAUAAAGUUAAACUGAGGAUGAUUUUCUUUGAUAUUCUACAUGAUUAAUUCUCUGAUGCUGCAAGAUUUAAAAGCAGUAAUCGACUUGUUUGCAGCUGUCAUGUUGAUACCUGACAUCCCUGCUGAAUGUGAACUACAGGUGUUUGUUUUUGGCCUGCAGGUUCAGUCUAUUUCCUUUUUCAUAAUGUGAGUCAUGCCCCCACCGAGGGUGCCAGAGGACAUCAGCAGAGGGACAAUGAACCAGAUUAGCCACUGAUUAUUUAGUCACCCAAACUUUUUCAGUGUGAGGGGCAAAUGUGAAGGGAACUGCAACAAGAGACGAGAUAGAUUCAAGAGAGAGCAGAAAAUAACCAUUCCAAGUUUGGAAGGGGUAAUGACCAUCUAAAGCAAGUAUCCAUCAAAGCUGCAUGUGGAGGAAAGAUUAUUUUUCAAGUGCAUCAAGGAUGUGGAGGGGAGGGUACACUGGAAAGUAGUUCAUAGUGGAAAGUAUAGUAUGUAUGCAUGCAUGAAGUUGAGGCAGUGACGUGAAAGCUUAACUGAGUCAUACCUGGGAGCUAGUUUAGGCAAUGUGGUAACCUGUGUUGACAAAAAAUGAAGCUAAUGUGUAAGUCCAAAAAGCUACUGUCCUCAAGUGUCCAGUAGAGGCUGACUCUAAAAGACAGAAGAAUCUCAACUACAGUCACGCAGAAAUGGACAUUUUUAUGGAAGAAUUUUGACACAUUAACCGUCUGUUUCAGUCUCAGCUUUGGGCUCAAAGGCUCAUUUCUUUAUUUAUAAAAUCUUUGCAGAAGUUCAGCACAGACGUCCAUAAUGAUGAGUAUGACUUUUCACAUAUCAGCAUUUUUAACUUGACACCACUUCAAAAUCCCUUACAUGACGCCACCAAGACCAAGCCUGAGACUAUGUUUAUUUUUUCUUUACAGUCUAUAGUCUCAGCAGAUCAUUUUUGUGGAUGCUAAAUGAGACUCUCUGUUUUGUUGUAUUAUGAGGUGAAUUUUCAGAGACUUAAAAAUCUGGAUCAUUUAAGCAGCUGCUCACAGCUGGAGCAAGUGAACACAGAGAGCAGGUAGGAGUUCUGUAUCCUCCCAACAUUAGCUGAUGGAUGCAUUACCAUCAGAAGGAUCUAAAUAACAGUGUUGAUGAUAGCACACUGCCUGUAAGCACUAGACCACCCCUGCUUCCUGUAACUAUUACAACUAUCAGUCAAACUCAGUGGUUUCAUUAAAAUUCAUGGCUUAAUGUUACAGACAAAAUGAAGACAUACUUCUGUAGAUGACGCAGUGUUUCAUCCCCCUUUUCUGAUCUUAUGCAACAAUGAAAUGAUCCAACAUUUCUAAUGCUUCAACCAAAUAUAUAUGACAAUCAUAUGUGGAUGUUCAGGAUCAAUGUGAAGUAUUGUUUCAGUUCAUACAGUAAGGUAAGGUUUAAUCUGAGCAGAGGAUUUGAGUUUAACUCUUUCUGGAUCUCUCAAGAAAAUGUCUUUAAAUUUGUAGGAGUUUAUAUGUGAGAGAAGAACGGAGGAUUGGAGCCACAUUAGGAAAGAAAAAAGGCAAUUUGUAGCAUCACAAGAGCAACGCUGUAAGAAAAUAAAGUCAGAGUAUUAUGAGGUUCAAGUCAUAAAAUUUUAAGAAAUAGUUGUAAAGCAGCGAGAACGACGUAAGAGUAGAAGAUUGAAGAUGUAUCGUAAGAAUUAGGUUGUGUUUAACAAGACAAAAGUAGUAAAAUUACAGGAAUAUGUUAUAUUACAAGAAUUACACCAUUAAAAAUAAAAACAAAAAAUUAAUGAGAUUAAAGUCAUAUAAAUUCCCAGUUAUUCAAGAUUGAAGUCUUUGGUCUUAUUGGUUUUAAAUUUGUCCUUGUGGAGAACUCAAAGCACUCUAUGCAACCAGUUUCAAAAGCAUGAAUAAGUUAUUAAGUCUAUUUGAAUACCUUUUUUUUUUACCAUCACUGCCUGUAAAAAGAGCUGUUAGAAAGAGUAAAUGAUAUUAGAAAUCCUCUGAUGAUCUGAAAAGAGUCACGUCUCUGUUAGGAGAGAGUUCCCCUGAAAAAGUGGAUUAACUGCAUAAAUCAUAUUCAAAAAAUAUUCUGUACUUUAAAACAGAAGACAGUAAUUUGAAGGACUGUCCUGCUUUCAUCUGACUGCACAGAUUUUUGCUGACUUUUGUGUUUCUGUGCCAUCUUUUCAGAACUGGUGUAUGAAGAGAAGAUCUCAGUCCAUUUACCUGCAGCUGCUGACUGAUAAACAUGCCCCAGAGCACUACAGGUACAGUAUCUGCACUCAAAGAACAGUCUUUUUGUUAAAUUUGUGCUCAUUGUGUUCAUAUUACGAGAAACAUUAAAGAUGCAGAACCCUAUCUGUCAAAUAUCGGAGUAAACAGCAGUCAUUGUCCCACUGUGAGUAAUGCAUUGAUCUUCAAUAGAGGCCAGAUGUGGAGCAUGUUUAUCUGUCAGUGCUCUGAUUUUUUCUUUUUGAGUUUGUGUGUGUGUGUGUGUGUGUGUGUGUGUGUGUGUGUGUGUGUGUGUGUGUGUGUGUGUGUGUGUGUGUGUGUGUGUGUUUUCAUUCACAUUUGCUGAUAACAUGGCGGCACAAAGAAAAACAUACAAUCUAAAAGUCAAGCUGUCAGAUGGGCUCUUGAGUUUACUGAAGAGGACUCUGGAGAGGCAGCAGCAAGAUAUUCAGUGGAUCCAAAAAGGGAGAAAAUAAAUCAGAUUUUUCAGCGUCUUUGUGAGCGCGACAACAAAAAGGCAAGGCUGUCAGGAUUGUAAUAAACAAUGAGAUUUAAUAGAGGGUUCGUGUUUAAAAGGUCUGUCUCUCUUGACACAUGGCCCAAAUAAAGGCAGGGUGAGCUCCAAAACUAAAAGAAAGGACUUUGUCACUUAUUUUAUACUUUACAGUUAACAGUCAUGUCACUUCUGGUCUGGUGGGUUUUGUAGGACAUAAAUGAGCAUUUUGAAUUUCAGCGUGUUUUAUAACUUCCUUCACAGAUGCUCUAAUAUUCCAAUGUUUUAUGAUCUUUUCUCCUCUCCUGCAGAGUUAUCGGAAGUGUUUCCCAGUUUGACGAGUUUGCCCGAGUUUUCCACUGUCCAAAGGGAUCCCCAAUGAACCCUGCGGACAAAUGCUCUGUGUGGUGACCUCUCUACUGGCCUGUGACCUAAGGACAAACUUCUUUUUCUUCUCAAACCCUGACCUGCACUCAACAUACUGCCCUUUGUUACAUUCAUCAAAGCCAAUAGGAUGACACAUACAGCCUUUUCUCGGCUCUAGUGGUUAUAGAAAGGAAAUUUGUCUUUUUAUCCGAAACAGAGUCACAUAGAAAUUGAUCAUAUACAUAUGACUCAUCUUGUUAAAUAUAUUUUUCUAUGUUUGAAGUUAUUUUCAGAUCAUGUAUUUUUCUAUUUUAGCAGAUAUAUCACACAUUAGAGGUCAUAAGCUGUUUGAUUUUUCUAUCUCACAACACAUUUCCUCAGUUGUUUCUCUUCUUUGUAGCAUCGAGCAGAAAACCUUCAGCAUAUCAGGAGAUGAAAAACUGGCAGCAACAAAGAUUUCAGUCCCUAAUGUGACAGAGACAGAUUCAAAAUGAACUGAGAUCAGUAGCAUCCUCGUGCCUGUCCAAAUGUUGUAUUGGGAGUUUGAUUUGUGUGACACUGCUGCCCUCUAGUGGCUGCAGAGUGUUAUGGUUCACUGUUGGACAAACCAUGAUUGUCGUAUUGUUUGCCUGCAUUUGGUCCUCUUGUUGCUGUGAGUGUUUGUAAAGUUUUUAAAGAUUUGUCAGCUUUUUUUAAGAAAAAAAGAAGACGGCAGAUUUGAAGUGGGUGUAUUUCUCAGGAUUUGUAGCAAAGAUGAUUGCCAAAUGAAGGACCUUUGAAUUUCUAUCCACAUUAAACACUCAAGUCUACAGUACAACCACAAACAGCAUCAAAUCAACAUUAGACAAAAAAUCAGAAAAGAUGUUUUUUUCUUCUCUGGAUUCCACGGUAACAACUUCACCCCAGCAUAGAAGCUGAUAUGAGAGUGCUGUUUGGGGAUAUCGGCUCGUUCAUAUCAGGCAUGUCCUGAUGGACUGAAUGAAGUCACUAACGCCACCCACUGGUUAGUGGACUGCCAUUUGGAGGCCUCAAGAUCUGCUUUUUUGCUGUUGCCACCUUGGUUUUGGAGCAAGACCGGGUUUUUGGUAUAGAAGUCUGAAGUGGACACGCACACAUUUUAUUCACUCCCUUUCCCAAGUGUGGUUGUUUUCUGCACAUCUCUACAGAUUGAUAUGUUACUGAUGAUGGCACCUUAAACAGGACAUUAUGUAGAGUCUACAUAUAUCAGCCAAAUGCACUUGACAAGUCCAGAUAAACAGCUUAUUUUCAGAUAUCUAAUUGAAAAUAAGGCCAUAGUUGUCAGAGCAGCAGGUAAAACUUUCUUGUUAAAGUUUCUGUUGAGAUUGGCUCCUCCUGUGGACGGACUUGCACCACUUAUGUCCUUAUUCAUUUUGUCCUGUACUUCUGUAGUUAAAAAAAUUUUACACCCUGCUUUCUUUGAGCAGUCAAAUGUUUAAAAAAGGGGCAUUUAAGGUGGUGUAGAGUUCACCCAACAGCAACAAUUUCAAGCAUCAGAAACAAAAACAUGAAAAUAAUUUCAAAAUCAUUAUGGUCUUAUUUGAUUUUGCAGCUCACCAGUUUUAAUAGCAACCUGUUCUGAGACCUGCCAAAAACUCCUCAAGUCAUCAAGGUCACAAGAACUUUUUCGAACAAUGGUAAUAACUAUUCUUACUCAGUCCAUUCAGGCCAGUUGGUGGAAAGAGGUGUCUGAGGCCCCUUUGAAAUCUGUUUGGCCCCAAAUCUAAAUUAUGAUUAGUUCUUUAGCUUGUCAGAGGUUGAACUAAAAUUGAAAUGAACUUUUUUUAGCUGCAUUACAACAGACUUCUAAUAGUUAUGUUUGCAUCACAUAGCAAUAUUUUUCUUCCCUGUUUUUAGUGACUUUAGACAAAUAUACCUUUGGGUCUAACAGACUUUAGGCUAAGGAGAAGAUUAAAAUAUUGUCACUCUCUUGUGUUGGCUUUAAUGUUAGAUAUUACACACAGGAAUAAAACAGCUUUUGGAUUCUCAGAUUUCAGAAGUAUAAUUCAUCUAGAAACAUAGAAAAAUUAAAUGCCAUUUAUUUGUUUGUGUUUGUGCACAUACUUACUGCCACCCCUGUCAAGAAAAUCUGGCUCCGGCCCUGAUUCAGGGCUUAUUUUUGCUUCUUAUAUCUGACGAAAAAUUGUUUAUCUAAAUUUGUCACAGAAAUGUGUCUAGUAAGACUUCUGACUGGAAGUAUGUCCAAUUUUGGAGAUUUUGUGGCAUACCAAAUGUCACACCAGAAAGAGGGGAAACAGAGGUGUGUAAAAUGAAACCAUAGUUUGGCUAUUUCCUUAUUUGCUUCUAUACUAUCAGACAUUUUGAAAACCCCUUGAAGUCAAACUCUAACCCUGUUGGCGACAGAAAGAGAGCAGGUUUGAGGCCCUUCAGCGUUGGCGUGUCUUUUGAAGGCUGAACUACUUCUUCUACACAGCCUGCAUUCACAACCCGGGAUCAUAGUGAGAGAGUGAGUGAGGUCAUAUCGCCAAAUUACUGAAGCCAACACUCUGUACAUAAGAAAGUCAAACUAUGGCCGAUGGAGAAUGAUGCAUUUGUAUGCGGUGUUGUUAUAAAAAUACUUUUGUAUAAAAUGCUCAGUACAAAAUAUGAAUCUUUGUACAGUGGAGACGUAUAUCAGAUGUUAUGGCUGUACAGUUUGUUUCUAAUGAAAGUGCAUGUUUCCCUCCAUUAAAUUCUGAAUCAUCAGACGGACAUCAGACACACGCAGGCCUAACUCUACAGCUGCUAAUCCACAUGUGGCUGCUAUCUCCUCUCUGUUGGUCACUGUUUAAUGUUUGAAUAAACACAAAAGAUCACUGUGU